GUCAAAUCUCGAGAGGGUCUGUAAAGGUUUUUUUAAAGCACCCAGGAAUACGUACAACACACAAAGUAGACAUUGUGCAGCAUGACCAGUUUACCAUGAGUCGACUGACACAUAUUUAAAUAUUAUUGCCUCAAACAAUGUAUUUUAAAUUUUAAAAAAAAUUGGCCAAGAUGGGUGAAAUGAAGAAAGAAGAUGUUGAAAAGUAUUUGGAAAACAAUCCUCAAUUUGCAAAGGAAUAUUUUGAUAAAAAGCUUAAAAGUGAAACAGUUGGUGCUUUAUUCAACAACAAAAAACUGGACAUAAAAGAUGACGUUUCAUUUCGAGACAUGACAAAGUUGGAGGAAGCAGACGUUUUGCUGGAGUUGAUGAUGGAAAUUCAAGAGUACAGCAACAUGGAGAAGCCUAUCCACAAAGUGCUCCAGAGGCUGGCGUUACUCUUACAUGCCGAUUGCUGUAGCAUGUUCACUUAUAGGUCCCGUAACGGCGUCCCGGAAAUGGCUACAAGGCUUUUCAAUGUCACAAAAAACUCUAAAUAUGAGGACAACUUGGUGAAUCCAGAAAGUGAAAUUGUUUUUCCAUUAGAUAUUGGAAUUGUGGGUUGGGUAGCCCACACAAAGAAGACUUUUAUUGUACCCGACGUUAGAAAGGUAGGCUUUGGUUAUUAAGCAUAUUACUUUCUUUGUUAGAAGUCCAAUAUUUCCAGAUAGUUGGAAAAACUGCGUCUAUUUCAAUAUAUUCUUUGAUUACAUUUAGACUGUGUUUAAUUGUCAUGAUAUGUUUUUUUUAAAUAAAUUAAACACUAAACUAAACAAGUUAUAUUCUAAAUAACUCGAACAUAUGCAUCUUAUUAAUGUAAAGGAGCUUUGCCAAACAGUCACAAAAUGGGUCUGUCACUUUUUAUAUGUGAAAGGUUUUUUUAAUCUUAGAAAUGAAUCUGGAGGGGGGAAAAAAAAAGCAAGUCAAAGUUUAAACACAGAUGAUGAAAUUCGAUUGACUAUAUGUAAAUAUUGUACAUCCAUUUCCUGAGAGACAUACCAUCAGAUAGGGAAACCAGAAUUUGUGUACUCCUCAUUUAAUGCUUUAUUUUAGAAAGCCUUCCAGAAGACAUUUAUUUAUUUAUUUAUUUAUUUAUUUAUUUAUUUAUUUAGCAAAAAAACAUGUUCUACAAAAACCAAAAUAUAUUAACGACCCGAUUAUAAUCUACAUUUAUUCCAGAAACUCGCAUUUGGUAUUAGACUUUCAGAACAUUUAAGUGACCUUUAAAAGAACUUCAUGAUAUUCAGUGAUAAAAAGUAGUGUUUGUAGGCAGGAGGGAGGAGGGUGAUACAAUCAGCACAGAUGGCAUAAUAAAAGCUUUGAAGGGUAAGAUUUUGAACAGAGACUCAAAGGUAACGACAAAUUCAUGCUUAAAUAUAUGGUUGGAUCAAUCUAUCUUGGACCUUUUACUGGUCAAAGCAGUAUCCCAAUAUUCUUAUUCAAUAUCCAACCCAGGCAGAGGAUGAGAGAGGUGACCAAAGGCAGCACAGAUUGUACUGCUCUCUCCCAUUACUCUGUGGCUAGUUAUACUAUUUCAAGGCAUAUUACAGAAGAGAAGAAUGAGGAGAACAAGUCAUAUUUUUUGGUGUAAUGAGAAAAGAGUUCAAAUGUUAGGAUACCAGUGGCGUCCAUACCAGGGUCGCGGCUGGUCACUGGGCCAGCCUCUUCCCCUGGGGGGCCCAGGAGCCGACCACCCCAGGGCCCCCCCGAGGCUGGCCCUGCUGACACCCGGAAGGCAGGUGGCCGGUCGGGCAGGCGGGCGCGCGAGGGAGCACUCAGUUCUUCCUCUUCCGCUCCCUCGCGCACCGCACUGAUACCAGAGCCGGAAGAUGACGUCAUCUUCCGGCUCCGGCAUCCCUACGCGGCGCGCGAGGGAGCUGAAGAGGAAGAACUGAGUGCUCCCUCGCGCGCCCGCCUGCCCGACCGGCCACCCGCCCAGGAGCCCAGCAGCACCACUGGACCCCAGGGAAUCCCCCCAGCACUCCAAAUGGUAAGGAGGCUGGGAGGAUUACAUUAAAAAAAAAAACCUAGUGUUAGUGUUUGAGUGUGUGUGAGUGUUAGAGUGAGUGUCAGUGAGUGUGUUACUGUGUGUGUGUGUGUGUGUGUUAGUGAGUCUGUUUGAUGUCUGUUAGUGAGUGUUUGUCAAUGAGAGAGUAUGUUUUGUAAGUGAGAGAGUAUGUUUUGUAAGUGAGUGUGUAUGUAUGUCUGUCGCUGAGUGUGUCUCUGUCAGUAAAUGUGUGUGUCUGUUAGCUAGUGUGUAUGCGUCUGUAAGUUUGUGUGUGUGUGUGUCUUCAGCACUUACCUUUAUCCAGCGCCAGACUCCCUUGGCGCUGAGGAUCCCUCAGCCUCUCAGCUCCGAAUGCGACCGCACACGCAUUCAAACCGCCCAUAGGAAAGCAUUACUCAAUGCUUUCCUAUGGACGUUCAGUGUGCUCCUCUAGCGGCUGUCAGUGAGACAGCCACUAGAGGCUGUAUUAACCCUCAGUGAAACAUAGCAGUUUCUCUGAAACUGCUAUGUUUUCAGCUGCAGGGUUAAAACUAGAGGGACCUGACACCCAGACAACUUCAUUGAGCUGAUGUGAUCUGGGUGUCUGUAGUGGUCCUUUAAAGGACCACUAUAGUGCCAGAAAAACAUACUCGUUUUCCUGGCACUAUAGUGCCCUGAGGGUGCCCCCACCCUCAGGGACCCCCUCCCGCCCGGCUCUGGAAAGGGAAAAAGGGGUAAAACUUACCUUUUUCCAGCGCUGGGCGGAGAGCUCUCCUCCUCCGAUCCUCCUCCUCCCCCGUCGGCUGUAUGCGCACGCGCGGCAAGAGCUGCGCGCGCAUUCAGCCGGUCACAUAGGAAAGCAUUCAUAAUGCUUUCCUAUGGACGCUGGCGUGCUCUCACUGUGAAAAUCACAGUGAGAAGCACGCAAGCGCCUCUAGUGGCUGUCAAUGAGACAGCCACUAGAGGAUUAGGGGGAAGGCUUAACCCAUUCAUAAACAUAGCAGUUUCUCUGAAACUGCUAUGUUUAUGAAAAAAUGGGUUAACCCUAGCUGGACCUGGCACCCAGACCACUUCAUUAAGCUGAAGUGGUCUGGGUGCCUAGAGUGGUCCUUUUAAGUGUGUGUGCAUCUGCAUGCACUGGCAUACAUACCGCGGUCGCAGCCCUGUAACCCCUGCGACCAGGUGCCCACCGCCAUGUGUUGCGGCCCGGCCCACGCUCGGGGGGGACACGGAUCAAUUUUAGCACCGGGGCCCCAUGGGUCAUGUGUACGCCACUGUAGGAUACUGAUUGACAAAGAGAUUUUGUUUUUAAAGUUGCAUCGGUUUAUUUGUUUUAAUUAUUGGUGUAGCUCUGUGGGAGUUCUCUUGUCUGACAAUGGACAACAUGCUGAGUUCGUAAUCUUAUUUGCUGCUUGACCUUGAGCCUGUCAAUGAGUUAUAAAGAGAGUGUAACCUAUAGCCCAUCACACACAAGCACAUUGGAAAGCACCUCCAUUUAUCCCAAUGCAAAGCAUAACUGGAAAUGGUUAAAUGGCUUAAAUAGAAACAUAUUUUACUGUAAUGUUGUUCCUACAAGAUCUGAAUGAGUGAAUUCCACUAUGAGUAAACUAAAAUCCCAUGUGGAUCAACCUCCCACCUUGGCUUUUUAAUGCGGUGGGAUUAAAAAUAACCUUGCUUACCAAAAUCAAGCAGAGAUUGAUGUCAAACCCUAGAACAUAAACCACAUGUUGGCUUUACAGUAUAGAAAAUGGGGAUGUCCCCCAAUAUUCCCUUCAUCACGCCCCCCUUAGAAUUCUCAUAAUUGGUGGUAUACAAAGUGUUGCAAUUUACUAAAGCCAACCUUUACCAAAUCAAAAGACAAUAUACCAUGUGUACUCUAUGUAAUAUACAAAUAACAAAGAACAUUUAUCUAUCACUGCUAAUUAAACAAAGCUCUCACCAAAGUGUUACUUUUACUUUUAUUCCUGUCCUCAAUAAACCUCUUUAAUUCUCUUGUUGAUUAAUGCUACAAUACAGCUAACCGUGUUCACAAAUGUGUUUAUUAUUGCUGAAUGUGGGUGUAUUUGGGAAUUUCGAGGACCAGGUUUAGAUAACAUCUCCUAGCUGUGAUCUCUCCUAUGAGUCCCUGCCGAUCAUUAAUCAUUAAUCCAGCAUGACACAUGUCAUGAAACCUCCAGCAGUAGAGUGUUAAAAAACAUUGAGCUACAUCAUUAUUUAACACUUUCAAUGCCCAAAGAGUGAGCUUGAGCAACCCAAUAUGGCAUUGUUAGUUUAGGUUCGUAUUGUAGAUGUACAUUAGAGGGAUACGGUAUACUUAUUUCAUUUAAUGGGGAUACAGUAUAUCCAUAUAUUUAAUAAGGGAUAUCAUUAGAAGGCCAGUAAAGCCUGUAUACGUGUGUGUGUGUGUGUAUGUCUGUAUGUAUGUAUGUAUGUAUAUAUAUAUAUAUAAAAAAAAAUCAAUGUGCAUGUAAAUGCUUAUUCUGCAUUUAAUACAAUAGUAUGGGGUUUUAGAGAAAGUAGGUCAAGAAAUUGGUGAUAAGGGAUGGGAGAAAGAAUGACUGACACUUCAGAAAUAGUUUUUUUUUUUUUUUUGUAUUUAGCCAACCAGAAUGCAGUUAUAAUUCCAAACUUAGGCUAUGGCUAGAUAAUGCACAUGACACGAAUAACUUAAUGGCUAGAAUAAAAAUAAAUUGCAUGUUCCAUAAUCAUCAUGUAUAUGUAUACAAAUUUUCCCACAUAGCCAUUUUUAUUUAAACUAUGUUUUCUGUCUCUUUAUGUGACUAAACCACAGCAAUAGGACUUUGAACAUGACUUCCCACAGAGCAUCUAUUGCACCAUGUUAUGAAACAAAACUGAACGUUAAUAGCAUAUCUUUAGCCAUUGUGCUAAAAUAUUGCACUUAAUUUUUUUCCCUAAUCAAAAAAAAGUUUUCAAGCACUGGUGAAAUAAUUCUACUUUCUUGUAAUGACUAAUAAAGGGGACUUUUAAAUCACCAAUUUUAAAAAUUUAGAAGUAACAAAAACGUGAAAAAUAAAAUGCUAAGUAUUUCAUCAUAUUUGCUUUUUUUAAAUUGCAUUUUAUCUUUUAGUCUAUCAGUUCUGUAUUACAGACUAUAGCAGAGAUUACCGUGCCUCUCCCACCUGUAUGCAGAUACCAUCAUGAUGGAUCGAAGCCUGGGACUUACUUAGCUUGCCAAAAAUGGUGAGCUUGCGGAUAAUCCGGAGCAAGGCUGAUCACUGACUGAAAGAUCAAAAGGAUAUAGCGAAUGUGCAGAGUACUUGAUGUUCGGUAGCAAUAUUUAUUAACUGUCCAAGGGACUUUUUAACUCGCAUCUUUAAUAAGUUGAAAUAAAUAUAUAUAAUUUAGGUUUUUGUCUUUUUUUUUUUUUUUUAUACGGGAAUCCCUGAUUAAAAAAAAAAUAUCUAAGCAAAACUUUUAUCUCCUGACUCACUGAAAACAUGGCAACAGACAUUUUAAAAAUAGAAAUAAUUUAAAGGCAAAUUGUCACUUCUCUAGAUAAUUGUUUAUUUUAUUUUUUAUUUAGCAAGUCAUCAUUUUAAUUGGUUCAUAAAAAUAUUAAUUAUGAACAUCUCUUGAACUAAUAUAGCCCUGAAGUAUUUUUUUUCUCCAUAAAAAUCCCUACAUCUUAAUAAAACCACCCAUCUAUAUAAGACUUUAGAUUGGAGAUUUAUCAUGAAUGUUUCUCAAUAAGAAGCAUUUGACUGGACAAUGCUCAGCACUAACAUAGAAGUGCUGAUCAAAAAUGGUUAAUUUUAAUUUAGCUGCACAGAUCAGAUUUAGAGUUUAGGGAAUAUUUGUGCAAAUCUCUAUAAAUGCUUUUUUUUCAAUUUGGAUUUUAUUGGUAUUUAUGCAUCCAAUAUACAUCUGUGUCAUUAUAUAUGUAUGUAUAUGUAUAAAUAAAAUGUAGGAAGAAACAAAAACAUACAUGGUAGCAUCACACGACAAGGUCUGAAGGAGAAAUACUAUUCCCAUAAGAAAACAGUAUUGCUAUAAUAUGACUAGUCAGGCAGAGUAACCAUCUCUUUGGGUUUAGAUUAUAAUAGGGAUUGUUAAGGUUAGCCAAUAUACAAGGCGAUCACUUGGAAUAAAAGGAGCUAUGUUUGGUAUGUUUGCCACUGCAAGGUUAGCCAAUAUACAAGGCGAUCACUUGGAAUAAAAGGAGCUAUGUUUGGUAUGUUUGCCACUGCAAGGUUAGCCAAUAUACAAGGCGAUCACUUGGAAUAAAAGGAGCUAUGUUUGGUAUGUUUGCCACUGCACUCUAGACCCUAGUUUUGGGCCUCCCUCCCCCCCCAAAAAACUAGGGUCUAGAGUGCAGUGGCAAACAUACCAAACAUAGCUCCUUUUAUUCCAAGUGAUCGCCUUGUAUAUUGGCUAACCUUAACAGAUUUGUGGUCUCUGCUGUAAGACAAUGUAUUAUGUCCUGAACUGCAGCCUGCGGACUAAAGUCCCAGACUGGUGGGUCCUGGGCUGCGAAGUCCCUUCUCCUGGAGCACUUGAUGGCUGUCUCUCCUCUGCUCUUUGUAUGGUCCUUACUUGCGGCUCCUCUGGUAAUGGUUUAGAAAAGUCUCUGGAUCAUCAGCAGAGGUCAAGGUGAGCAUGCCAUCUUCUUUUGUAAAUAUUAAAGAACCCUCCACUCCCCAGUGAUACUUAAUGGAAUGAUCUCUGAGUCUCCUGGCAAUUGGGGCCAACUGUUUUUUCUCCAGCAACACCUGGAAUGGAAGAUCUCCAUAUAGGGCAAUCUCCUAGCCUUCAUAUUGCACAGUUCCCAGGGCUCUGGACCCGGGCCAUAAUGGCGGAUCUUGCCGCUAUAUCUCUGGUGACGAUAAUGCCAUCUCUGGGGACCGUGGCUGUAGCCGCCUUCCUGACUCUGAAUGCCGCCAUUAUCAGUGAAGGGUCUAUCUCCCCCUUGAGGCCCAUUGUAGCCACUAUCUCCUCUACCCCAAUUUGUUCUGGGAUACCUCUUAGGCUGAUAUUACACUUCCUGUGUCUAGUCUCCAACACAGUGACCAUCUCGUGCAGCAUCUGGACUUGAUGGCUAAGCUCUUUCAUCUGGUUCUUAGUCUCCUGUAUCUGGCUGUCUCUAGCCUUUUCUCUUGUUUCCACAGCUUUGAUUUUUGUGUUCAAUGCUUUUUUAUUUCGUAUGUAAAAUAAUAGCAGACAAAGAACGGGUUUGGAAAAUUAAUACACUGUUGCCUACGCAGAGGCAUAGUAUGUCAAACAAAGGUAAGGCAAAUUCCAUAUUUCGCAUCAAUUCCGAUAUAGGUAAUGGUAAGCAAUUUGCAACGUCUGGAUAUCCAGUCUGCAUACGUGUGCAGCAAGAGUUUGAGCUAAAUCUUGAUCGUAGUAUAUGCACUUUUGCCUAUGCAGCGUGUCAGUCUAGGGUAAGGCAGAUGGCAUUUUAGAUCAAUUCUUGUCUGGGUGAUUCUAAGCAGGUUGUAUUGAAUUUUCUUUGUUGAGUAGGUUGUGGUAAUUUGAUGCCAACAAUUUUUUAGUGUAGCAUAACGUGUGACCUGCAUAGAGGUCGUAAGUAGCAUUUAACAGAAUAGCAAUAGUCUCAGCCUGGUGAUGGUUCAACCACUGUGCCGUAAUUAGAAAGAACUUGUCUCAGCUUUGAUUUUUGUGUAUACAAUUCCCACUUUGGUCUGUGUCUCUUGCAGAUCUGUUUUCCCCACCUGCCUCAGCUCCUGUAGUAGCCUUUUAAUAUCCCCCUUGGUGGAUGGGGAAGAGUUCUCUUCGAAUUCAGAUUCACUGUAUACGCCAUCUGAGCCGACUGAAACUGUGGAAUCAGCAUCCCCCUGGGACUCUUUGGACUCCUCAGCCACGUUUCGUGCCUUAGGCGCCAUCUUUGACGAUGGCCGCUCUGCAGGCCUCUCAAAGGAGAGUCUGAUAUCGGACAUACAGGAACCUUCCAGAUGGCGGGAUUUCUUGUGCCUGCGUCCCAUGGAUUGCCUCUGGAGCAUGGACGGUAGGGGUAAGUAUAUUACUAACUAGGGUAAAUUUCAAUUGAUAGCGGGUCUGUGUAGAAGCCUCACUGAAGCACGUCUGGUUCGGCUCGUCGUCCACGCCCCACCCUCCCCCCUGAUAUUACACUUUUUGAUGAAAUAUUGAAAACUUGGGUUAUUCAGUAUGGACUUGAUUAAGUCACUUGUGCCCUGCUCUGCCUCUUUAAGCAUUUUUGUUGUGUUUUUGCACCCCAAACUCAAUGCUAAUGGCACUGCAAUUAGAAAAAUAUAUAUCUUUUUAAAAGAACACUUCGUGCACCAAAACUACUACAGCUUGCUGGGUCUGUUCCCCACCUCCACUACCAAAACAGGGAAGGACUACAGCAAACUGAAGGACUUUAGAGAACAUUAAAGGGACUCUCCAGUCCACUAGACAGCAAUUCUACACAGUGGCGGAACUAAUGCAGAGAGGGCCCUGGUUCACAAAUGUUUUUUUGGGCCCACCUCUAGUGCAAGAGUGAUCAAAAGCUAGAUCCUCCAUCUGUCAUUCAACUCCAACAAUGCUAUGGCAGCUGGGGCUCUACCAUUUGCCAUCCUUGCAGGGUUGAAUUUAUGAGCAGUGUUUAUGUGUUUGAAUGUAAGCAUGUUUUUGUAUAAAGUAUGGGCUGUAGGGGUAUUUGCAUGUAUGCUUGUGCCGAAUGGUUCUUAUCUGCCAUCACAUUUUAGGUUUCUAUGGUUGCCAUUGCAAUGCAGUGGUGUACUUGUGUGUAGUGUUUGAGUUUAAAUGCAGGGGUGUGUUUGUAUGUAGUGUUGGCUUUUAAAUGCCGGCGUACUUUUGUGUGUAGUGUCGGUGUUUGAAUUAAGGGAUGUUUCUAUAUAUAGUUGUAGUGUUUUAAUACAGGUAUGUGUUUGUAAUAUUUGCGAUUGAUUUUAGGGGUGUGAUGUACAUUUGUGUGUAGUAUUGGCGUUUGAGUAAAGGCGUGUGUGUAUAUAAUUUUAAAUUUAAAUGUCAACAAUUAUUUAACCUCAGCUGGGGUGAAUUUCAUUUUAAGCGGAGAAAACCUUUGUGACUAACUUGCUCCCUCUUACUCCUCCCUCUAAGGAUUCCGAAACCAAUCACCUUUUUCCUAAAGAAAGAUAACCUAAUCUAAUGGAAGUGGAGAUUCAAACGCUUAGUCUACCAGAUAACAGUAUUGCCUACAGUAUAAAUGUGUUAGUUAUUUUAAUCUGUGAACGUCACUGCAUAGAUUUAUUUAAAGGGAAACUUCAGUUUUCCUGGCACUGCAGGUCCCCUCUCCCUCCCACCUCCCAAUCCCCGGUUGCUGAAGGGGUGAAAACUCCUUCAGGUCACUUACCUGAGACCCCGCCGUUGUCCCUCGGCGGUGGUUUCUGCUCGCCGCCGCUCCUCCCAGUCUUUACAUCGGCCGGUGGGUGAGACAGAUCCCGCCCACCCACCGGGGAGACUUAAUGCGCAUGCGCGGCAAUGCCGCGUAUGUGCAUUAGAACUCCCCAUAGGAAAGCAGCUUUCCUAUGCGGAAUUGAGUGACGCUGGAGGUCCUCACACAGCGUGAGGAUGUCCAGCGACUCUCUAGCAUAGAAAAUCUGUGCUAUAAUCCCGGAAGUGCCCUCUAGUGGAUGUCUAGUAGACAGCCACUAGAGGUGGAGUUAACCCUGCAAGGUAAUUAUUGCAGUUUAUAAAAAACUGCAAUAAUUACAGUUGUAGGGUUAAGGGUAGUGGGAGUUGGCACCCAGACCACUACAAUGGGCAGAAGUAGUCUGGGUGCCUGGAGUGUCCCUUUAAGGAACACGACAAACUAAAGACGCGAACUCAAUUAUGAAGAGAAGACUUAAAAAAACAGACAAAAUAACAAAGUUAAAUGAGAUACUUACAUUUGAUUGCCUAAAUAGGAAACGUGAAAGAGUGUUUGAUUACUAAAAAAGUAAAACAAAACAGACCGGUGCAAAAGAGACAGCUUAAUAUUUAUCUGGUAGGUGCGUUAUACUUGAUAUAUCGUCUUUAUUUCCUUUUCAUGAAUAGGAAGUUACAAGUAAAAUAUAACUUCUUUGUCUAAAGCAGGAAUUGAUGAAACCACAAACUUUUUUGUUUGUUUGUUUCUAUUGCAGUAUUUUGAUUUAUUUCUUAAAUUAACUGGAACUAGUUCCCAAUACCCUGUUCACCACCUCCCCCAUUGGGAGUUCUUUUUUAUUAUAUAAGUCAGUGCCGUGACUUAAAAAGAGCUUGGUACACGGUCAGGUAUUCUAUAUGUAAUAUUAAGAUGAUGGUACUUCAUUGAUUAUUGUUCUGCUUAGCAUGAGUUCCUGAUAAAGUGUGCUAUAUAAAUAACCUGAUGAAGACAUACCUUCACAUGGGGUGCGUAGGUUGGAAAGAGAGCCUAGAAGAGUCUAUAUGCAGGAAACAGUGUAAGGAAUGCUUGCCAUGGCUUGAAAUUCCAUUUGGGAAUAUCUAACAAUCCAGAAACUGUCUCCAUCAGGGAACUUGUAUAUCCAGCUUGGAACCGUUACAAGUAUUCUUGCAGAACACAGAUUGGGUUAAAUACUCAGGUCUACAGGCAAAUAAUCACCGAAACCAUCAGUCAUGCUCCACAAAGGGGAUACUGCCACUCCCUAUAAUAAUAUCCAGCAUACAAAGCACAUGUCAAAUUCACUAUAUAAAACAAAUGCAUGUAGUCUAAUGGAUUUGAUAUGGAUGUAGAUUAAUGGAUAUAAUGUAUGUAUCUCACACUGCUAUGCAGUGGAAUGACAGACGAGUCAUUCCAAAAGGACCAGUUGAACAUGGAGGAAUGAAAGGUGUUGAAAGUAUUGCUCAAACAAGGUUACAGUGUAAGGGGACAAACGUGCACCCUGGCCUUUACACUGUUGUGCUGUGAGGUAUCCAUGAGCUUGAGACUCACUGAAUGGUGCUGUGCUGGUUUUAGGUUCCCUGCCUAACCAUUGGUUGUAUAGCCUUGGUUUACCAUAUUUCAUAAUUUUAUUUGUUCUACCUACAUUGAUCAACCUGCAGUACUGUAGUUUAUUUCACGACUGAAAAGAAGAUAUUUGCCUUAAAGGGACUCUAUAGGCACCCAGACCACUUCAUCUCAUUGAAGUGUUCUGGGUGAGGUGUCCCUGUUUCCUUAACACUGAAACGUAAAACAUUGCUGUUUUAGAGAAAUGUCUACCACAGUCACGGAAGGUGUUUUCUUCUGUUUCACAGUAUAAAUAGACACUGGAUGUCCUUACACUUUGCAUGGUGUUGAAACCCCCAAAUGAAAGCGUAAAAUCAAUAAUUGAAGUACAUAAAUUAUACAAUACAAAAUACAUUGUGCUUCUUCUGAACCCACUUUUUUAUUAUUUUGCUAAUGUUCUUUUUCCUAUUUGUGUAUAAUAGAGCCAACUUCUAAUUUUUUAAUCAGUUUUUGUUUUUGUAAUACUGAAUGAUUUUGUUGUUAUUUACAUUUUUUGAUUACAGUUUUUUGUACGAAAUGUAAAUGGCCAGUGAAAAGCACUACCCUGUCUCAGAAAAUAGCUUCUUAUAUGUAGAACAUUUUUAUUGAGGAUUUGAUCAUGAGCUACACAAGUAUAUAUGAUAUUCGGAGGUUCGGUCUUUUGUUGCUGUAUUAUAACAACACAAAGAAUAAAUAAAAAUGUCCAGCACAAACGUUCAAGUCCCCAGACCCUUUAUUAAGGUGAUGUUUUGGCCACACAGUGUUUCUCAAAAAGCCGUGUUUGGUUGAAACAUUUACUUCUUUAUUCUUUGGCACUUAAAAUCCAUAGAUCCUUUAUUAAAGGUUUGUGUUUGACAUUUUUAUUUUGUCUAUGCUGGUGUUGUCUAGGGGCAAACCCAGGGUCCAUGAAACCUUCAGUUACCAGAGUCUUCAUUGUUUAUUUUGUUAUUUUUAAUAGUAUAACACAAUUUAUAAAGAAGAACAAUACAAAAUAAUGGGUAACAAAGUGAUUUAAAGAACUGUAUCACCAUAUUGGGAUAAGAAUCAUAUUACGGAAAAAUAGGUAUUUUAUCCCCAGUCAUCCAUUUCCCCAGGCAUAAAUUAACAAAAGAAAUAUGACAUAAACUUGAUUUCAAAUAAAGUGAGUGUAGGGAUUUCAUGAUGUAUUCAUUGAUGGAGGAUCCAUUGUAUCCAUUGAUGGAGGAUCCAUUGUAUCCAUUGAUGGAGGAUCCAUUGUAUCCAUUCAUGUAGGAUUUUUUUUUUUUUUUUUUACCGCCACUAGGUUGAUUUGAAGGAAUUUAUUAUUUAUAAUAGUAUAUUUUCCUGGACAGGAUGAUAUGCCAAAUAUGGCAAGUUCUGGGGUCAGAUUAAUCUCGGUUAUUGUUAAGGUAGACCGUUAUAUUCCCCCAGAAUUGUUGCACCUGAUCAUAAGCCCAAAUGUAAAGGUCUACUAUGUUUAUGCAAACCAUAAUUGAGUCCUAACCUCUUCUGAGGAAAGGGAUUUAGGGGUGAUUAUUUCUGAUGACUUAAAGUUAGACAGACAAUGUAAUAGAGCAGCAGGAAAUGCGAGCAGAAUGCUUGGUUGUAUAGGGAGAGGUAUUAGCAGCAGUGGCGUCUCUAGGAUUCAUUUUUAGGGGGGGCACAUGGUGGGCCAGGGACAAAAGUAGGGGGGCACGUUUAACCCCGCCCUUGCCGCAGUUUGACUCUGCCCCUGCCGCAUGUUAAACCACGCCCCCUACACAAUGUGUUUUUUUUUUUAAUAAUCCCUGGUGGUGGAUUCAUCAUUUUCCACUAGAGAUUAUUAAAAAACAAACCCAUUCCCCUUGAUACAGUGCCAUAGUUGUCAACAUUUGAAAACAAUUUCCAAGGACAUUUUACAGCAUAGCUAUCAAUUACUGUCUGUGUAGAAUCUCCCUGGACAGUCAGUGCUCUCUGUAUAAUAUAGGGUUGUGUGUAUAAUAAAUUGGGACAGUCAGUGCACCCUGUAUAGUGCUGCUCUCUGUAUAAUACAAGGCUGUGUGUAUACUAUCCCGGGACAGUCAGUGCUCCCUGUAUAAUGCUGCUCUCUGUAUAAUACAGGUCUGUUUGUGUAUAAUAUCCCAGACAGAGAGCAACAGAGAGCAACACUUUACAGGGAACACUGACUGUCCCAGGAUUUUAUACAGACACAGACCUGUAUUAUACAAAGAGCAACACUAUACAGGAAGCACUGACUAUCCCGGGAUAUUAUACACACACAGAUCUGUAUUAUACAGAGAACAGCACUAUAGUAUUAUACAGAUAGCUGAGCAUAUACCUCAUGUCCCAAUCUCUAGACUACUAGUACCUGUCAACAGCAGGUCCCAGACGCGUGUAACAGGGCUAAAGUAUGCGGCAGCUCACACAGAUGAUUCAGCGGUAAAGCACACUCGCUGGCAGAGCCAAACUGGGAAUCCCUGGGAAUCCAAAGCAGCCCUGGAAAAAAAUGUAUGCCAUUCCUACAAGUCAAAAUAUAUAUAUAUAUAUAUCUAUAUAUAUAUAUAUAUAUAUAUAUAUCUCUCAAAAAGGAAAGAGAUGCACUCUCAGGUCUUUGUAGAAAAAAACUCGAUAUUAUUUAAUAACAGGUAACAUACAUCUGAUCGACGUUUCGAUCUCUUCAGGUCUUCCUCACGAUCUUGAGGAAGACCUGAAGAGGUCGAAACGUCGAUCAGAUGUAUGUUACCUGUUAUUAAAUAAUAUCGAGUUUUUUUCUACAAAGACCUGAGAGUGCAUCUCUUUCCUUUUUGCUUUACAUAUCCAGCGUGGGAUUGCACCAAGGCAGUCUUUUACUGAUUCAUUGAAAGGGUGAGUGCCACUAUACUUGUGUGUGUGUAUAUAUAUAUAUUACAGUAAGCACACAAGCUCACCGACAUGUGCAAAUAGGCUUACUGACAGACAAAACUCUCUGACUCACACACAAGCUUACCACAGACAAACUCAUUUGUAUAAACACAAGGCUCACUACAAAGAAGUUCAGGGACACACACAAGCUCACUAAAGACAAUCUCACUGACACACACAUGCUCACUAAAUAGAAGUUCACUUACACACACAAGCAGUACCAUUUUUACAGCAUUAAGGGCCCCGGGCAAAGCAGUGCAGUGGGGCCCUUCCUACACAACAACUCACAGGAAUAACAUUUUAUUUAUUGAUAGACUGCUGAGUACAUACACACAGUACACUGAAUACGAACACCGAGAGACUGCUGAAUACACACACACACAGAUUUCUGAAAGCACACAGACUCCUGAAUGCACACAGGCGUUGUUGAAUGCACACAGGCUGAUUUAUACACAUACACACACUGCUGAGUCCAUACACACCUAGACAUACAGACUGCUGAGUCCCUACACACACAGACACACACACAGACUGCUGAGUCCAUACACACACACAGACUGCUGAGUCCAUACACACACACAGACUGCUGAGUCCAUACACACACACAGACUGCUGAAUCCAUACACACGCACAGACAGACUGCUGAGUCCAUACACACGCACAGACAGACUGCUGAGUCCAUACAUACACAGACAGACUGCUGAGUCCAUACAUACAGACUGCUGAGUCCAUACACAUACACCCACAAACUGCUGAGACCAUACACACACACAUAGACUGUUGAGUCCAUACACACACAAACACACACACAGUGACUGCUGAGUCCAUACACACACACACACACACACACGCACACACACACACAGAGACUGCUGAGUCCAUACACAUACACACACACAUAGACUGCUGAGUCAUACACACACAGACCAAGCUGAGUCCAUACAUACACACACACACAGACUGCUGAGUUCAUACACACACACAGACUGCUGAAUCCAUACACACACACACACAGACUGCUGAAUCCAUACACACACACACACAGACUGCUGAAUCCAUACACACACACACAGUGACUGCUGAGUCCACACACACACACACACACACACACACACACACACACAGAGACUGCUGAGUCCAUACACACACACAGACUGCUGAGUCCAUACACAUACACACACACACAUAGACUGUUGAGCCCAUACACACAGACUGCUGAGUCCAUACAUACACACACACACACACACACACACACACAGACUGCUGAGUUCACACACAGACUGCUGAGUUCAUACACACACAGAUCAUUGAGAGUCCAUACACACACACACACACAGUGACUGCUGAGUUCAUACACACACAGACUGCUGAGUCCAUACACACACACAGUGACUGCUGAGUCCAUACACACACAGACUGCUGAGUCCAUACACACACACACACAGACUGCUGAGUCCAUACACACACACAUAGACUGCUGAGUCCAUACACACACACAUAGACUGCUGAGCCCAUACACACACACACACAGACUGCUGAGUCCAUACAUACACACACACACACACACACACACUCACAGACUGCUGAGUCCAUACACACACAGUGACUGCUGAGUCCAUACACACACAGUGACUGCUGAGUCCAUACACACACACAGACUGCUGAGUCCAUACACAGACAUAGACACACACAGACUGCUGAGUCCAUACACACACAGACUGCUGAGUCCAUACACACACAGACUGCUGAGUCCAUACACACACACAGACUGCUGAGUCCAUACACACACACACACACACAGUGACUGCUGAGUCCAUACACACACACACACAGUGACUGCUGAGUCCAUACACACACACACAGACUGCUGAGUUCAUACACACACACACAGACUGCUGAGUUCAUACACACACACAGACUGCUGAGUUCAUACACACACACAGACUGCUGAGUCCAUACACACACACACAGACUGCUGAGUCCAUACACAGACAUAGACACACACACACUGCUGAGUCCAUACACACACCCACACACACACAUACUGCUGAGUGUAUACACACACAUAGAGACACACACACACACACACACACACAGACUGCUGAGUUCAUACACACACAGAGACACACAAGCUUCCUCACUAGCAGACACACACACACCUGAGCAUAUCAAGCCUACCUGUCACUGGAGGCUGUUGCUGGGGGUCAGCCAGCCAUCUUCUGGCCUUUCCAGCAGCAGCAAGGUCUGCUGCUUAACAGCGGGGCUUAUGUGCAAGGGGCGGGGCUUCAUUUGGGGGUGGGGCCUGUGCCAUGGAAGCUGCUGAAAACACCCAGCAGCGUUCUAACUCCUCUGUCCUGCAUUACGUCAGGCUGUCAGACACUGUUACAGUCCGACGGAAUAGACUGUAACCACAUGGCCAGCAAAUUGCCUGCAUUUGGAGGGGCACAAGGGGGGGCACAGCAUGAUGUAGGGGGGCCAUGGCCCCCUCUGGCCCGCCCCUAGCAAUGCCACUGAUUAGCAGUAGAAAGAGGGAAGUGCUCAUGCCAUUGUACAGAACACUGGUGAGACCUUACUUGGAGUAUUGUACGCAGUACAGGAUAAAACUUACCAGGAAAGGUUAAAGGUUAAAGGUUAACAUGUACAGCUUGGAGGAAAGACGAGACAGGGGGGAUAUGAAACAUUUAAAUACAUAAAGGGAAUCAACACAGUAAAGGAGGAGACUAUAUUUAAAAGAAGAAAAACUACCACAACAAGAAGACAUAGUCUUAAAUUAGAGGGGCAUAGGUUUAAAAAUAUAAGGAACUAUUACUUUACUGAGAGGGUAGUGGAUGUAUGGAAUAGCCUCCCAGCUGAAGUGGUAGAGGUUAACACAGUAAAGAAGUUUAAGCAUGCGUGGGAUAGGCAUAAGGCUAUCCUAACUAUAAGAUAAGGAUAGGGACUAAUGAAAGUAUUUAGAAAAUUGGGCAGACUAGAUGGGUCAAAUGGUUCUUAUCUGCCGUCACAUUCUAUGUUUCUAUGGUUCUAUAAUACUAUGGUUCUAUAAUACUAGAUGGGCCGAAUGUUUCUUAUCUGCCGUCACAUUCUAUGUUUCUAUGGUUCUAUAAUAUGACUGUUAAUUUAAAGUACAUAUUGUGGCCGAAGAAGCAGUGUGCGCAUAGUUAGUUAAUGCUCGGCGGAUGUCAAUAGAGGAAAAAAAGACGUAAAAAAAAAAACCAACCUAAACCUACUUGUUCUCUUAAGAUAAUUGUUACACAGAUGAGGUUCAUGGCUUUACUUGGUUAUUUUCAAUAUGUCUUUCUGGUCUUAAUGCUGUUGAUUAUAAUAAUCUAGAUUAGUGUUUGUGAUACAUUGUAAUCCUGGGUAUGUUAUUGUAAUUAUUAUUGCUCACAACCUCAGGACAGGUGUUUGCUCUAAUCUUCACACCAGUCCGUGCUGAUCAGUUGAAUUUCAUCUUCAAAUCUGACAGUACGUUAAUAACUCGAACCAAGGAUUAUCCUCGUUAUAACAUUAAGUUGUUUGACAUCUUAAACCCUGCCCAUAAAUGUAGAUGGUCCUGUUGGUUUGCACAGUCUACAGGUUUGUACUGUAGUAUACCUGUGUUACUUAUAAGAACUGAAAUAAUGGGCAUAAAUAUAACAUUCUGGUAAAAUCUUUACUUUCAUUACUUUAGAACAUCACACAAUUUGCCUUUGUUCACACUAAACAGUGAGGUCCAUUGGGAACAUUUAAGGGACAUUUGUCGAUCCUUGGUAGACUUGUGAUAUCCGCUGAACAAAAGGAACCCGCAUUCUAAAUUAUAUAAGCCAAAAAGCAUUGGAGACUCAAUUGCCCUUGUUCACCAUUUUGGAUUUCUUGUAUCUGGCAUCCUUUGGCUUAAUUUGGGUAUUCGCUAUCCUGGUAUCCAACCCUGCCUCCGUUGUAAUUUCUGUUACCCUCGACCAUCUGGUGUUUUUGUAUGGUUAUUUUUUUUUGCUUUUUUUCAAGCAUUCUUAAUUAUCCAUGACAAUGACUACUCUGCGUUCCUGUAACUGUGUCUCCCUUGGUUUUAGUUUUCUAUACUUAGCUGCCCUGACAUAUGUUUGUAUGAUGGUUCGAACCAUGAUUCAACAUAGGAAAGGACCACAACAAUCUAUGUGUCCAUCUUUUCCGACUACUCCAUUCCACAUUUGCAAUAUUUCUUUGUUUGCUCAAACAUUACUGCUGUUAGAUGAUGUCAUGACUUUCCAAGAGGUUUCUGUGAGUUGUAGUUCAGUUAGCAGCAUUCUACAAGAGAGCGCGACAAUUGGACUAUGACUCCCAGAAACACUUGCUUUGCCUAAAUUCCAGUGGGCAAAAAAAUUAACAAGGCAGACUAGAUGGGCCGAAUGGUUCUUAUCUGCGUCACAUUCUAUGUUUCAGUGCUAUAGAAAGUGUAGCAAGCCCUUGUUAGUUCUGUUUGGUGAGCGCUUAUUGCAAAUUCUGAGUAGAUUGGAAUUUUCCACAAUUUCCAAAGAUGCAAAAACUACAAAUUGAUAUAUUUUUUAAGCUUGUUUUAUUAUCUUUAAUUGUUUGGCAUGUAUUUAUUAUUGGACUAUCUGUGCAAUGGGUCAAAUCCAGCCUGUAGUGUCCCUUUAAGUAAGAGAAGCCGUAAAAUACACAGUUUCCAUGGAGAACAUCACAUAAAAAGCGCUCACCAUGAAGGUACAAAAAAUGUCCCUUUAAGUCCUGACAGACAAUUUGAAUGCUAAGCUCCCACCUUCUGCAGCACAGUCUUCAACAAACUCCAUAAUGCAAUGAAUCUUUGUCCAUGAUGUGUCUAAACACCAGCAGAGAUAAUAUAACAUCGAAACUAGCAUGAAAAAAUGAAAAAAUGUGAAGACUCUAAUAUGCAGAGUAUCCAUUUUUAAUGAGUAUGUGCUCUAUUGAUAUCAGGGAGUCCUGCAGUAACAAUUUUAAAAGUAAAUUGCUGGGUCGAUGCAGCUCUGAGUACCUGAGCUAUAGAAGAGUUAAUGCGUAGGAGCAUAUUGAAGGAGGCCAUCACUGCUUCAGGGAUCACCUAACUACUCUAGAAAAUACUUGGAUGGAAAUCCGAAACCCAACAGACAUACCACGACAAGACUGGGCAUAGCCGAACUAAUAAUAACUGCAGGAACUGCAUAAAAGACAGGAUCAGAGUUGAAAUGAAAUGCAGGUCUCGACAACUGUACUAAAACAGAAAAAAACACUUGUCAUAUUAAGAACAUAGAUUGGAACUUAGACAAGAAAUCUAGAAUGUGGCACAUCUUCUUCUGGGCCCCACCUUAACAGCCAUCAACAUGUUUGGAGUUGGACUUUGGCAACCGCUGGGUCUUUGUUAUUUGUUAGCAAGAUUGUGGGAAGAAUUAGAACAAAUCAGAUUAUAAAAAUGCAGCCGAAUUCUGGGGACCCAAGACUGUGCAAGCAAAGCUUUGCAUCAUAUAAUCACCUGGCACCGAUUCUGGCAAUGGCAUUGAUUUUUAUUUUAUUUUUUGCCCAGAGCCAAUGCUAAAUUGGAUUCUGUUGCGGCUUGGUAAUUAUAUCCUAAUAGGAUCUCAGACCUCACAGACUCCACGGAGCAUGGUGAUAAAUAUAACCAGUACCUAAACAAGCAAUUAUAAUUGUAAAAAAAACCCCCACAAGUUCAGAUUGACAAUGACCAUAACUGGAGCUUAUUAUCAGGAACAACAGACAUGUCUAUAAAGUGUGACACCUCCUUAAAGAAAAAACAACACUUCCUUUGAAAUUACAAGAUAGAAUAAAACAUUGAAAUCAUCUAUAACUUGUGCUAAGCUUUUUUUUUUUUUUUUUAUGCAAUGCUCCAAUUUCUUUAAAUUUAGAUUCUACAUUUAUAUUUGCAUCAAGGGCGAUCCAGGCACAGUCAAAGUACAGGUUGUUUUGGAGGAGGAGAAUUAGAAACAUUCGGGGUUAUUUUACGAAAAUGAGAGUCAAUGGGAAUUGAAAGAUAAUUUUAAAAAAUGAUUUUUUUUUUACGGACAAAAUAGCCCAACUGUAAACCUAUCCCAGGUCAGAUAUCUUGGCAUUAAUUUGGCAAUUCAUUGGAAUUCACUUUUGCUUCCUUACAAUUGUGACUAUUUUAUUACAUUUUCUAUUUACGCUGCUUUCUCUGUGCUCUCUUUAAGUUAACUAGCUGUGCGAAGGGCAGAGUUUAUCACAGUAACACACACCGAGCCAAGAUAGUCAUUUAACAUUUAGCCUUUAACGUUAUUUUUUUUCAGACUCCUCAAGUAAUCAUUUCUUAAAUACAGGGGACAUGUAAACAGGAUAUUGAGAAUCCUGACCAUUCUCCCCAUUAAUGUUGGCAUUACUGCUGCUAGAUGUUUUAUAUCAAUAGUAAAAAAUUUUAAAAAUGUCCAUUUAUGAUCUCUCUCUCUCUCUCUCUCUCUCUCUCUCUCUCUCUCUCUCUCUCUCUCUCUCUCUCUCUCUCUCUCUCUCUCUCUCUCUCUCUCUCUCUCUCUCUCUCUCUAUAUAUAUAUAUAUAUAUAUAUAUAUAUAUAUAUAUAUAUAUAUAUAUAUAUAUAUAAUUUUUUUUUUUUUUUAAUAAAAAUCGUAAUUACAAAAAAAUAAAUAUGAUUUGAUCCACAAUUAUUUAUCAAUUUGCUCCGAAUUUGUGAAUUUGGGAUUUUGGACUCUUCCAAAUUCGGGUGAUCUUUGAUUUGAAGCGAAACUAAUUGCACAAGUCUAGUAGCUAAAUGUGUCAAACAAUAUUGCCUUGAUUUAACAUUUUUAGAGAAGCCUUUCAAUGUAUUUGAUAUUUAUAUUUUAUUAUGCCAGUUUAGAGUCUUCACUCAAAGUGCCAUCAUCUGACUAUUAUAUUAAAUUAGACGGGGGAAAAAAAGAUUUCAAAGAAACUAAACUAAACUGAAGAGAUUAACAGCUUCAUCUGCAGAAAUACUUGCUAUCUUCACUCUAGUAAAAGUCCAGAAAUAUUUUUAAUUUAUGAUAUAUAAUAUUAUAUUAAAAAACAAAUUAAUUUGCAUUGCAGAACACUCAUUUUUCGGAUUUUGCGGACAAGCAGACUGGGUAUUCUACCAAGAAUUUGAUGGCCACCCCCAUUAUGCACGGCAAGGAAGUUCUAGCUGUUAUAAUGGUUUUGAAUAAACAGAACGAACCUGCAUUUUCGAAACAGGAUGAAGAGGUAAAUUUGAGAGCAUUUAUCAAGCUGGUGGUGUACACUUCUGGCUUCACCUACGAGGUAACGAAUCAAUAGUUUGUUGGAUAGUCUGUCAUCCGUUUUGCACUAAAGUCACCCAGGCCACUUCAUCUCAAUGCCCUGUCCUUGUAACCCCUGUAAAACAUUCCAGUUUUUUUUACAUUGCUGGCUUAAAUCCAUUUGUAGUGGUUGUCCGUAUGAUAGUAGCUAGAGGCGCUUCCACUGCACUGACUAAGUGAAACUCGGUUUUCCAAGAAGCUGAAUUACAUGAAACUCCAGGGAAAGUCCUGUAAAGAAACUUAGUGCUGCAACCCCAAUCCCAGGGGGGGGAACAAAUCCAUGGAAAGAAUAAAAAAUAAAAUAAAAAUACUGUGGUCACUUACUUCAUGCUGAUGUUUCAGAUAGGCUGUAAAGUGGUGCUGGACUAAUUCCAAAUGAAAGUUUCACCAACUUGCUCCAAUAGGUCAGCAUUCACUGCUGAGAUAGUUCAUGAGUAGUACAUCUUUAUUGGUUCAAAGAUUGAAACUUGGCAUGUAAAUAGCAGGCAAACCUCAUAAACAACGGGGCAUAAAAUAACAAUAUAAUAAGAAAGACCGUAAAAAAAAUAUAUAUAAAAAUAAACCCAAUGCUAAAGAUAGAAAGUCAGCCCUGUGCCUGGCUCUGACCAGGCUUCACGUCUACCCUGACACUUUAUACACACAUUCUUAAAGGUUGGGUCCUCAGAACUGGAAAAAGAUAAGUAAAACCUUUAUUUUAUUUUAUUAUUUUAUGACAAACCGGGAGGGGAUGACACUUUAAUAGCUCAGAGAUAAUAUAGUGUUAGGACCUCAAUGUCUAAAGCUAUAGUGUUCCUUUAAUAUAAAUUAACUAUCUGUCUAUCUAUCGAGUAUCUAUCCGUCUGUCUAUCUAUCUCUCUCUUUCUCUCUUUCUCUGUCUGUCUGUCUAUCUGUCUGUCUAUCUAUCGAGUAUCUAUCUAUCCUCUAUCUGUCUGUCUGUCUGUCUAUAUCUAUCUAUCUAUCUAUCUAUCUAUCUAUCUCUCUCUUUCUCUCUCUUUCUGUCUGUCUAUCUAUCUGUCUGUCUAUCUGUCUAUAUGUCUAUCUGUCUGUCUGUCUAUAUAUCUAUCUAUCUAAUUUGUGUGCUACAUAAUGAAUACAUGGACAAAACUGAAUAUUGCUAAUAUAGGGGAUGACACUUUAAUAGCUCAGAGAUAAUAUAGUGUUAGGACCUCAAUUUCUAAAGCUAAAGUGUUCCUUUAAUAUAAAUUAUCUAUCUAUCUGUCUAUCUAUCUGCCUAUCUAUCUAUCUAUCUAUCUAUCUAUCUAUCUAUCUAUCUAUCUAUCUAUCCAAUAUCUAUCUAUCUCUCUCUCUCUCUCUCUCUCUCUGUCUGUCUGUCUAUCUAAUUUGUGUGCUACAUAAUGAAUACAUGGACAAAACUGAAUAUUGCUAAUAUAGGGGAUGACACUUUAAUAGCUCAGAGAUAAUAUAGUGUUAUGACCUCAAUUUCUAAAGCUAAAGUGUUCCUUUAAUAUAAAUUAUCUAUCUAUCUGUCUAUCUAUCUGUCUAUCUAUCUGUCUGUCUAUCUGUCUGUCUAUCUAUCUAUCUAUCUAUCUAUCUAUCCAAUAUCUAUCUAUCUAUCUAUCUAUCUAUCUAUCUAUCUCUCUCUCUCUCUCUCUCUCUCUCUCUCUCUCUGUCUGUCUGUCUGUCUGUCUGUCUGUCUAUCUAUCCAGUAUCUAUCUAACUGUCUGUCUAUCUGUCUGUCUAUCUAUCUAAUUUGUGUGCUACAUAAUGAAUACAUGGACAAAACUGAAUAUUGCUAAUAUUUUCAAUAAAACACAACAAAUUCAAAUCAAUAAGUUAUAGUGACAAACAAUAAACCAAAAAAGAAAGUGGAAAAAAGUCUAUUAACAUUUGGCUGAAUCUAAAAUCUAUACAGAAUUUGUGUAUUUCUGGUAUUUUACCUCUGAACAUAGUGGUGUGCAGGUCAAUAAAUAUAGCUGCGAUUUGUGGCAGUAUGUGCAAGCAACAUUAUUAAAUAAGGACCAUUAGUAAAUAGACCUCUGUGUGUAUUAUUAUCUGAGCAAAGCAGACAAAAGUAACCUUAACUUUUUUCUUUAAAUUUAAUGCAUUUUUCUUUUUUUGUAACCUUUGCAGGUUUUCGUCAAAUACCUGAAUUUUAUUUCCCUCGUCCUUAAAAACAAUCACGUAACAUAUCUUUACAAUGUGGAAUUAAGAAAGAGCCAGGUAAAGCAACUCAUGGAAUUACUUUUCCAAAGCACUAACAGACUGGGGAUUUGGGAAGAGAAGGGUUAAAGAGAGUUAAGGACUACAUUUAAAUUGCUGUAUGUUAGAAGGAAUGUAAAACAUUCUAAUUUUCACCAUUCGAUUAGUAGUUUUCAGUCUUGGUUUGCCACCUGUUUUGGCAAGGUGGGUACAGCGCUACCACCACCCAACCCCUGAGAUGGCAUGUCAACCUGAUUUGAAACUACGAGUCUCUCUGAUUUGACUCACUUGAAAAUAUGCCAUUCUGACUUGGAGAAAAACCCCAUUGAUGCUUUGCCAUCCUAAUUUUGGCACUUUAACCUGCAGGCUGACGAGGCAUCAUGGAGUCUGUACUUGCACAACAGUUUAGUACACUUCAAAACCAGCUCACCAGUCAAGCUGAGUUUGUUUAGUUAUUGUUUAUUUGUUUGGUUUUUCUUGACAAGUUUAAUUAAAAAAUGUGCAUGAAUCGACAUAUCUCUAGUGUAGUAUGUGAUCUUUUCUUCCUUUCUGCAGAUUCUUCUUUGGACAGCCAACAAAGUCUUUGAGGAGUUAACAGACAUAGAGAGACAGUUUCACAAAGCACUGUACACGGUCAGGGUGCAUCUAAAUUGUGAGCGAUAUUCUGUUGCUUUGUUGGACAUGACAAAAGAAAAGGUGAAUGCUUCUUUUAUUUAUUUUAAUUGUGAAAAUCGAAAGACUGUAUGGAGGGAAUUAACAGAUUCUCCGGAUGGAGAUGUUGAAUUUUAAUAACUAUAAAUUAUUUUAGAGAGCCAAAGUGAGCAAGUCUUCAAAUAAAGGUUGUCAACAUUUCUUUCAAUAAAAGUUUGAAGUUAUUCUGGUUUAUUUAAUGACUGACCUGAGCACAGCCUGCCUAUGCUUGGAUAUAAGAGAUUUUACUUUUUUAAAGGGCAAAACAGACACCCAGAUAUAUUGUGCAUUCAUUUAAUUUAUUCUAUAGUUAAACCUUGUAGUGUAUUUGGAGUCCUCCUAUUCACCUACUGGCAGUUAGAAGCCAAAAAGAUUGUGGUGAGACCAAAAACAAAAAAUCCCCCUUGGUGCAAACAGAAAAACUUAUUGUUAUGUAUCCCCUGCAAAUAUCAUGUUGGGCACAGAAACUUGAGAAAUCAUGUUUCCCCCCCAGGGAGACUUCAAUUUCCAGGAUAGGUGCCAUGCUGACGAGACCCACAAGGUCGAAACUGUACAGUCCAUGGCUGGUUUCUCUUCACUGGUUCUUUUGGAUCACAACCCGUGCUGUGUUUGAAACCGCAUCCAUUGCUAAGGGCAUCUGUAUAAAUGCAGAGUGAAGUCUGAGACAUGAUGCCUCUCUGUGCUCAUUUGUAUAUCAAACUGGGAACUCUGGGAGAGGUGUGAUUGCUCUAAUAUCUGUGGCAAGGUGGGACUUUCCAAAAUCGAACUUGAGAUAUGCAGGUGUUUCAUAACAGUAUUUUCUUCUACUGGCUGUUAGAAUGUAAUCAUGGACUCUAACCAACAAGGGUUAUUGUAACGUGAGGAAGAAUUGUUGUAGGGCCACCAUUUGCAUUGGAAAAUGCAUUUGGUUUUAUAGACUAAAUUUUGUUUGGCAUUGCAUUUUUAUUUUGUUUUCUUGUUUUGUUUUUGUGUAAUCUCCAAAGGUGACAAGUCCCUGUGAAUAUUUAUGGCCUCUACCAUGCAAAUUCUAGGCUUGUCUAUUUUGUUUAGCUGAACAUUGUGAACUAAGCAUUAACAAAUUUACAAAUUUGCUUAACAAAGAGGCACCUGCCACAAGGAACACUGUGUAAGCAUAACUGUUUUUCUAGAAGCCGGGGAAGUCUCAGAUUGAGUACACAGUGAUAUUUUAAAAAAUCUACAAAAAUGACAUGUUUACAAAGGAUUUUUUUUAGAAAGUUUUUUUUUUUUUUUAUUGAGCUGAAUUGUAUAUAUGGACAAUGAUCCCAAAGUACAACAUUAUACCUGUGCAUUAGCUAAAGGACAAAGGACAAAAUGAGUGUAUAUUGAAUAUUAUCAGUACACGCUGAAGAAGAACAUGAAAAUAUAAAUGAUAACAAAUAAUAAUUAAGGGAAAGAGUUCUAUAGCCAGAGCAAAACGAGGGGUAAAUUGUUAUUGUGAUGGACCGACUGGCACCCCGACCGGGUACCUCUGUCAAUAGCUGCUUCCUAGUAAUCCUUGAGUAUCAUAAGCACCAAACUGGAACACCAUAACCACUGUAAACCCCACAAACCGCCGCAGCUUGGUUGGGGUCUUGCUGUCCUCCACCCACCCUGGACCCAAGACCAGGAUCUAGCUUCCAGUGGGUAGACCUCUCCUAGUCCCGAGAGCGAAGCAGGCUGCUCUUACAAGAGCAAUCGUUGUGAUCCAAGGGAAUAUAGUGAUUGUAGCAAUCCCCAGAGUGAAUCCCCCAAACAUGAGCCUAGGCUACAUAAAGGGUAAAACAAAUCAGUUUAAUGACAGCCAGAACUGGCUUUAUAUUCAGGUCCCCAUGCAAGGGGCACUCACGAUUACACUGGCUCUCAGGUCCAGGACACUCCCAUACAAAAUAGGUCAAUCCCUCCCCUAUGCCUGGGAGAUAAUUGAGUCAAUCACUGUAUUAAACUCAAUUAUCUCUGGGCACAAAUAGCACACAUUUUUAGCAAACCAGACAAAUACCUUAAAACAUACAAAAUACCCACAACAGUUACAUCCAAAAAUCACCCAGAUCAGUUCACAGGUUCAGGAAUUUCCUGGAAGUCAUAAUUUGACUGACAGUCCGAAUGGUCCCAUGCCCAAAACAGUUCCAGAGAAUCAGGGCUUGCGGUCGGUCUAGUUCGGUAGUUUAAAAACCAAACAAACUACUGUUCUUACCCUGAAGCUUCUUCACAUUAUUUGUGGGAAUAAUUCCACCAAACCGUGUCGUCCUAAGUGCUAUAAAACUAAACCCAGGCGAUCAUGGAAGUCCAGAGGUGGUCGGGAGUUUGUGUCCGAAAAUAGUUCCAGGAACUUGACGACCAAACACUGUGGCCUGUUUUCAUGCGAACAAGAUGGCCGCCACCUCGUAGUCGUCCAUAGGAAAUGGGGGCACCCAGACGAACACUUAGAACACUGCGGUGGAAUUUGCUACAAAGUAGCAAUUAGCCUUAACAAGCUCCAGGAUGGUCUCCGGUUUGUGCUGCUGUUCGGUUCCCGAACCAAAUAUAAAAUCCCACGAACCAAGUCUGUUCACAUAGGUUUUUAAAGGGUCCAUAGUCUUUUGGUAAGAGGCUGGCCAGCAGACCCCUCCAAGAACACAUGACGAGGUUCAGUUGGUCACAGUUAUCAUAGAUAUUGUUUUCAUCGGUCUAAAUAAAAAGAUUCAAAUUGUUGGGGUAGCUCUAACAGCUAUGCGUAAAUGGGCCACAGGUUUGGGCCUGACGACAGCGUUUUGAACAUGCUGAAACGCGCGUCAAGCGUUUUCUUUUUCUUUAAUCUCUGCACUUGGUAGCACUUUUUUAUUUUUGUUACCACUAUGGUUAUUGUGUUUUAGGUGUUUAUUUAUUUAUAACUUUAGUGGGGAGAGUUGGUUCGGGUAGACACUAGUGGUUAGACCACGGUGUCGAGGUAACUUUUAGGGUGAAUUGAGAGAUUUAUUUAUUUAUUUAUUUAUUUAUUUAUUUUUUGAGGCUUUUCAUCUGCGUUUAGACCUGAUUACCCGGUCCCUUGUUCUCUGGGGACCCUGUGCCUCUUCUCUUUCCCUAACUUCGUUUACACUACCUUCCUGUCAGUUGGACACUAGGGGAACUGGAACUUAGAUGCUAGCUAGUACUCCAGACAAUUGAUCCCUUGGGCACCGUUUAGUAGAUCUCCCUUUUUUUCAAGUUAUACUUUUUGUUUGCAUAUCCCUUUUUAUCCUAAGAUUGAUUAAAGGUAGGGCCUCCCUUCCUCAUUUCUUAUACAGUGGAGCUCUCCUGAUGUUGGUUUCUCCUUGUGGGACUCUACACAUCACCUACUCCUAUUACCUACAUAUUUUGGAGGGUUACCCCCUCAUUGGAGCUCCCUAUUAGGUGGUUACAGUGGUGCAGUUCAUGAGCCCUUGACUUGCAUCCGGACUCCUGACCUGCACUCUGUUUACUUUAUUUCUCCUUAUUGUUAAUAUAUACUAAAGGCCAAAAUCUUGGGGUUAUCUGUGAUGAAGAGAACUAGGAAUAGAUAUACAUAGGGGGAGGGAAUCAAGUAAGUGUCCAAAACAGCCCAACUUAAAGAACUUUUCAAAGUUUGCUAAUUUGGUCUAACAUUUUUAAUUCACAGAGUUAACUUUGAAUUCACAAGUCACACAUUAUUGAAUAAACCCGUGGCCCAUUUACGCAUAGCUGUCAGAGCUACCCCAACAAUUUUAAUCUUUUUAUUUAGACCGAUGAAAAAAACAAUAAAAAAACAAAACCCUGUUUUUUCUCUUUUAAUAACGUGUGUAAUAAUGUUAAAAAGGUCACUAUAAGGCUUACUGGCCAGUUAUGUUAGCUAGUUAAUUGAGUCACCUUUGCAUGUAGUGUAAGCUAUUUACAUUAUGAUUUUCAAUAUCUAAUUUUGAUAGUGUAACCCCCAUUUAAAUGCAAUGCUAAUUUGAACUGAUUCUAUUAAAUAUUGUACUUUUUAUGCAUCAUUUUAUUUUGUAUUCUGUUUGCUUUUAUCACGAUUCAGGAAUUUUUUGAUGAGUGGCCAAUCAAAAUGGGUGAAGUGCCACCUUACAAAGGACCAAAAACACCAGAUGGACGGGUUUGUAAAGAUUUUAUUUAACCUUUUGGCAUUCAGAUGGGUUAAUUUGAAGACUUAUUCAAUGAGAAAAUGAUGGUUGUGCCAUCUCUUCAACAUUAGUUAUUAGCUGAAAGAAAAACAGGUCCAAAACACCCUAAACUUUUUAAUAAAUUAUAAAUGAAGUUAAUAUAAUUAAAUCAUUUUACCUUUUCCUUAAAAGUAAAUGUUGAUUUUGAGGAAUGGGCUACAAGGGAGUCAGUUUAAGGCUAUAUAAUAUUUUUGCAUUGUUUUGCUACACGUUUUAUAGCCACGCUAGUUUUUAUUUAAGUUUAGUUUAGUUUAAUUUCAUUGACCUUGACCACCUAUCAUUCACACCUUGACCUAGAUCAUGUGACACCUACCUGCACAUGUAAGAGAUCAAGUAAAAAAAAUGGGCAAGAGUUCUGUUAUUGAAAGGACUGUCACGAAUUACUUUGUUACAAGUAUAUUUCAAAACUUGAUUUAACAACGAUUUUCUUGAGAAUUGUUUAGAAAUUAAUUUAUCUUACAGGAACUUAUAUUGUGUUAAAGCUAAAGAAAUUAACGUCAUCUGUUAUAAACUCAGAUAGAGGAAGUUAUAACCAUAAACAAAACAAAAUAGUUUGCUGGGAGAUAGACAUAUAAUUAUUUGACUCCCAAUUUUGAUCAAAUUGUAAUAUGAAUAUCAAAUUGUAUACAAGAACAUAUAAUCCUUUUAAGACCAUGUUUGAAAAUAAAUAAAGGAAAAUGCUAGGGUUUUACUAAUUAUUUGGAUUAUUGGGCACUUUCUGUAUCCAUUAAAUAAAUCAUAUUACUUACUUUUAUUCUCCUGGCAUGCUGGUCUUGUGCCUAGAUGUACUGGGAGGCUUGUGCACAUGCAUGGCGAUUGCUGCGCUGUGCCAAUACUCAUCUCCUCGUAAAGAUGCAUUGAGUAAAUGCAUCUCUAUGGGGAGCAUUCAGAGCCUUCAUGUGGAGCGUGGAGAUGCUGAACGCUGGUCCUGCAAUCUUUGCAGGACCUCAUCCAGGAAGUUGCUCUCGGGGCUGAUAUAGUUUAAUUUCCACAUUAUGAUGGUAAGAAGUCAAUGAGGAUACCACGUAUAGCUUUAUUGCAGCAAAACCACUGCAAUAAGCUGCAGUUGCUUUAUUCUUGUAGUAUCCCUUUAAUUUCUAUCAUUGGCUAUUAAAGUUUUUGAACUCGUGGAAAGUACAAUAUGUUAAAGUGUAUAUCAAUUCCAAAGAAUAACUUUGACUUUUUAAGUCUGAGAAAAGUGUGCAAUGCAGAAUUUAAUAGUGAUAUUCUUACGCAUGACAAGUCACCUUUUUUUUUCUCUUUUGUUCAGGAAGUUAACUUUUACAAGAUUAUUGAUUAUAUUUUGCAUGGAAAAGAAGAAAUCAAAGUUAUCCCGUAAGAGUUCACUAUAUUCAUCUUCAAUUGUUUUAAUAUAAUUGAUUGUUUCAUGCCAUAAACGUAACAUUUAAAAAAAAAAAAAGAAAAAAAAAGUUAUUCGCUGUAAAGCGUGAAUUGUCUUGAAUUCAUUAUAGUGGAAUGUGUCAGUCAUUCAAAGUGAGUUUCCAGAUUUAGGCCAAAAUAGUUGAACUGGAAACAGUUUCAGCAAUGUCUUCAGAUUGUUUUGGUCUAAAAUUCGAAAUUGCCUUUCACUUUCUGGCAUAUUUUCACACUGUAGUGAAUAAUAUUGUAAAAUAGUAAGCACUUGUCUCAUCAGAGUCCUGUUGAAGUCUCAGUAAGUUUUAUAAAAUACACGAGGGAACACAAUUUUUAUUUUUUCAUCAGCACGUUACUAAUAUAAGCUUGUUUGAAUGAGUUCAUCCCUUUUCUAUGUUUUUGUGAAACUUAGAAACUCGACUUGGUUUACUACCCAUCCCUAUUACAAGUGCCUCAUAAAUGAUUGCCAAAGGAGUGUUUUGUAUAUUAUUCUAGAGGUUUUUCAUGUAGUCUCCUCCACUAGAAGUCCUACAUUUCAUGUUUAAUGAUAUUUUAAAAAUAUAAUAUGCAGAGUCCCCACUCACAAGUCUAACUCAAUUAGGAUGGGACCUUGAAAAAUGGAUAAAGCUAUAACAGGCUAUGCAUGUUAUGGCCGCAAUACUUGAUAUAAAAUUUUAUUCAAUACCCAAUUUGUUUAGUUUUAUGUAGUGGUAUUUACUAAUCCCCCUUGGUUAGAGCAGGGAUACCAUCACUGCCUUAGAACUGGAAACUCAGGUUUGAGGUCCAGUUAGGCCACCCUACUGGUAAAUGUCUUUGGGCAAGACCCCUAUAUAUCCGAUUCCUACCUCUUAAAUCCUCAUAGAUUGUAAGCUUGUUUGAACAAAGGCCUUCUUUACCUCAAAAUAUCCCCUUUCUAUAAUUGUAAAGCACAGCAGUGCAUGUUAGUGCUAUAUGAAUUCUAAUGAUUUUUGAAAACUGACUUCUAACACUUACUGCCUCGAUUUCUAUUUUCAAAGCACUCCUCCUGCAGAUCACUGGUCUCUUGUGAGUGGGCUCCCGACGUAUGUCGCUGAAAAUGGAUUUGUAAGUCUUUUAAAAUCAAAUCUACUAACCUAAAAAAUAUAUAUAUGAAUGCAUUAUAAAAAAACAAAUUAAAUUACGGUUUGAUUUAGAAAUGUAAUUCUUACUAAACGUGGUAAUGAUUACUAUUAAUAAACUCAUUUCAAACCAAUUGAACUGAGUUUUUGCCAGUGUACACUAAAGGUUUAGAUAAGAUCUGGACAGAGGAUGUCGAUAUCUAGAUUUCUGUUAUUUAUUUGAGCAGACACAGACUUUCUUUUUUAAAAACUGCUUGAAUACUGUAGAGUACUAGGGAAUUAGUGAAUAGAUACUAGUGGAGUUUUUUAAUGUUCCAUCCUAAGAACCAGGACUCUUUUAAACCCUUCCUCACGGAGUCAAUGUAUUAUUAAAACAAUGGCGUAGGAUUGAUUUGAAACUUGCACUCCAUAGCUAUGACAUAAAUUUAAUUUGGUAAAACUGGAAGGUUUUGAUAUGGUUAGGCGAGUCUAAUAAACUGCAGGAUGCAACCUUGGAGCUAAUAGAGUUGAUUAUUUUUGUACAGUAAGAAAGAGAGGACUCUCUGUUAAAACUGAGGUGCUUUAGAAGAUUAAAGUGUCCCUUUAACAUGGAUUUGUUGACAUGGGUAACUGCAACUAAUUUAAAAAAAUGAUAUACUCAACUAUAACUCACUCUCUCUCAAUUACACUACUACCAGUUUCUCGUCUACUUUCAGAUUUGCAACAUGAUGAAUGCCCCAGCUGAUGAGUACUUCAAAUUCCAGGUAUAUUCAGAGCAAAAUACUUUUCAAUCUUUGCCAGCUGAAAAUAAUAUCACAAAAGAAAAGUAGCUUGUUGGACAUGCUUUUUUUUGUUUCAGAUAUCCGAACCAUUGGCCUUAAUAGCACAUUUUGUGAAAUAGAUACAAGCUGGGGACUUUCAGAAAAAUCGAAUGAAAAAGAUCGAUAGCCAAACAGAGAUAGAUUUUAAAUAUUGGACUAUAAUUAUUUAAUUCUUAGGACAUGUUGGAAGUAUAUCCAUUAUGGUAUACACUACCACAUAGUAUACGCUGGUUGAUCGAAGUACAGAUCCACAAUUGUCCUAACGCAGGUUCUAGUGGGCUCUAGCACGUUAGCAAUUUUUAAUUUUCAUGAAUUACUUUUAUAUUUUUAUCUUUAUAUUAUAUUUAUUAACCUAUUACUGAACCUACUAUUUUUUUCAUGAGGGGCUGAUUUGGAUAUGCUAUAGAGACAGGCCAAUUUAUAUAAGUGAAUAGAAAUACAUAUAGAUGUAAUCAGAUAAAAAAAAAGAGUGAAAUACUUAGGCAGACAGUUUUUUUUUAAAAAAAAAUGGAGAAUUUCACAGACAGAAAAACAAACCUAUAGCAAAUAUUAUACAGGCAUAGCUCAAAAUCCUGUACCACUUGACUGGCUUAAAAGUUGCUUGCCACCACAAGCCUGGAGGGCCCAUGGCACAGUCACCAGGAAUGAAUAUCACCAAUGGCUAGAGACCCUGAUGAAUGCACAUGUAGAAAACCUACAAUGAAAGGUUGGAGAAUAUCUGCUGUAAUAUUAAAUAUAUAUUUUGUAUUCUAGAGCAGAACCAACAUUGGUCCACCAGAUUUUUGGACAGCAACUUGAAUACCUUGGCUAGAUACCCAUGCUAGACAACCCCAGUGGUCCUUAUGUCAGCCAGCCCUCUAUAUAUAUAUAUUGUAUGCCAUUUUUUUUAAAUGUUGUGUUGGUACCAACAUGACUCUGCUGCCCCAUUUAACUCAAAAUCAUCAGUUAAUAGUUUGCAAAUUCAGGCACUAACAACCAACAACAGCCUGAGGUCUUUAGAAUACAUUUACAUAAUUUAUCUUUAAUCAAUAUAUUGGAUGUUUACAUUAUGUGUGGGUUUAGUUAUUUUUAUUUACUGAGAGCUAUUUAGGACAAAUGGCAUAGUAUAAUACACAGUCUUAUAAAUAAUGUACAAUAAAUGCACAAACAAGUCCUGUAUAAGUCUAGACUGGGCUCUAUACACCAUGCAACACCUAUUAACUUAAAUAAGUAUCUUAUGCAUAAUCCUCUUUGUUUCUAUCUAUUGCCAUAGCAGUUUCCAUAAGCUCAUUUGGAUACAAUCCAAAGCCCUUGGAUUCUCUCUACAUUUGUGCAUUAACUGAUGGCAAAUAACUUAUGAUCUUAUGUCUCAUAAUCCAUAUGUCCUAUGGUAUAACCUCUGAACCAAAUAACAAUUGUGUGUUUUUCUUCUGUGUUUGCAGAAAGAGGCUGUCGAUGAAACAGGCUGGGUUAUUAAAAAUGUUUUGUCGCUCCCCAUUGUAAAUAAGAAAGAGGAGAUUGUGGGCGUAGCUACAUUCUACAACAGGAAAGAUGCAAAGCCCUUUGACGAAUACGAUGAGCAAAUUACAGAAGUAAGAAUUGUUCUAGAAAAUACAGACGUUACAGUGCAUAUUGGUUGGGAAUAAAGCUACGUGAAAGGGAAGUAAAAGAUUCCAUGAUAUCCCUAAAUCGGUAUACACACAUGACCAAAAAGGUAUAGAUAGAAUGGACUAGUAGUAGAACUAAUGAACAUAGGGCCUUGGUGCAAGAUAUUAUUUGGGCCUCUUAUGCUCCAGAUAAAUAACCUCUAAAUCCCCCAAAAUAUCCUUACUUGCUACUGCCAAAUAACCAACUCUAUAGUCCAUAGACCCUUCAUUCCCAUGCUAGUUCACACUCUCCUUCCCCAAUUUAAACAGAGGUAAUAAACUCAGUUAUAACUCAGAUGACUCUCAUUGAGAACAUUUAAUUAUUGCAGUGCUCUUGUCACGCAUGUAUAUAACUCAGAUGACUCUGAUUGAGAACAUUUAAUUAUUGCAGUGCUCUUGUUGCGCAUGUACUCGCCUCCCAAAUGCUUCCUUAUGGGGACGCAUUGGAUUGGCUGAGAUCAUCAAGACUGAUGAUCUCAGCUAGAGAGGCAGAGUGGCGGUGUGGAGGCCAGAUCACAAUUAGAUUGAAGGUAAGUAAAUCUAAAAGUGUUUCCUAAUGCUCCAGUGUUCCUUCAAUUUUGCAGCUAUAUUAUCACAUAGACAGAUUUAUUUACCACAAAAUUAUAAAUAGCAGAAAAUUUAAGCUGCAAACACUCAAAUAAUGAGUGGCUUAAGCAAACAUCCCUUUUGAAAUUAGUUGUUUCACCAUGAUCCAUGACUAUAUGCUAUUAAACUCUUAAAACUGUCUUUUACCCGUGUCUCUAAUGUUCUUCAAGGAGCCAAUGCAAUACAUAACUAUGUUACUUACUUAGAGAAGAAAUAUAGUACAAUUAUAGGUCAUUAUGACAUGAUUAUCUUAAACUUUUCUUCUUAAAGGACCACUAUAGUGCCAGGAAAACAUACUCGUUUUCCUGGCACUAUAGUGCCCUGAGGGUGCUCCCACCCUCAGGGUCCCACUCCCGUGGCGCUGAAGGAGGAGGAAGGGGUUAAACUCUUACCUUUUUUCUAGUGCCGGGCUCCCUCGGCGCUGGGACUCUCCUCUUUCUAUUCCGUCAUCGGCUGAAUGCGCAUGCGCAGCAAGAGCCACGUACACAUUCAGCCAUAAUGCUUUCCUAUGGACGCUGGCGUCUUCUCACUGUGAAAAUCACAGUGAGAAGCGGCUGACACUGAGACAGCCACUAGCGGCUGGAUUAACCCAUAGGUAAACAUAGCAGUUUCCCUGAAACUGCUAUGUUUACAGCAAAAAGGGUUAAUCCUAGAUGGACCAUGGACCAAUUUUCCUAUAGUGGUCCUUUAAUAUAACAAAAUCUAGUGUAGUAUUAUUAUUAUUAUUAUUAUAUCUUUUUAUUCCAUUUAUUUUUUUUGUUCUCUAGGCCUUGACCCAGAUUCUGGGAUGGUCUGUACUGAACACAGAUACAUAUGAGAAAAUGAAUAAGCUUGAAAACCGAAAAGACAUUGCUCAGGAAAUGCUCAUGUACCAGCUGAAAUGUACCCCAUUGGAACUACAAAGCAUCUUGGUAAGCUUAUCCAGACUCAAUUCUUCAAAUUAAUCACAGUCUGCAAAUUUACUUUGAAUCUAGGGCCCACAACCAUUAUAUUAAUAUGUUUUGUACAAAUUCAUUAAAGGAUUAACAUUCCAGGCACCAUAACAACUGCAUUAGGAUUAAGUUGUUAUAGUGUGAAAAGGUCCCGGGUGUCGGCUUACCUUUUAAGGGUUAAACCUUAGGUUUCUCAAGACAAUUUGUGAAUGUGGAGCUACUGAUUGACAUAGAGCAUCAGAUGACACACUCAAUCAAUCUGUGGAGCCCCCUGACCAAGGCUUCCCCGUUAAAAAGCUGAGCAGAGGAAGAACCGAGGGCAGAGCAAUCAGUCGCUGAAUACUAGACUUCACAAACUGUUUAACUCCUAAAUGUAAGCCUGCACUAGGGACCUCCUGGCACCAUAGCUUUAUUCCUAUGAAGUUCUUAUGUUGCCCGAAGUUUUUCUUUAGGUUUAGCGAGAUACAGCAAAUGCACAUAAUUUUUGGUUACCAUUUUCCCACUUCCAAGGUAAGGUUAUAUGUGUAAAUAUGAAAAAAUAUGCACUUGAUAUAUAUGCUUUGUAUACGUCCCAUUAAGUGCUUUAGUUGUAUAUUUGUAUACAGAGGUUGUAACAUUUCUGAUGAUAGUUCAUGCACUAUUACAAGACACCGCUGGAGCCCAUUUUCCACCAUGAAAAACAUACCAUAGGUGCUUGUCAAAACUGUCAAAUAAUCCACACUUUACUUCGAGUGAACUGUUCAUUUUUUUCUAAUGCAGAAAACAAAGGAGAAAUUGAAAAAAGAAGUCGAUGAAUGUGAAGAAAGUCAGCAGAUCAAGAUAAUAGUAAGUAUUUGUGAAACUUGGUAAAGCCAGCCCAAAAUAGUUUCAUGUCACAACUAGACUUGUGCAAACAUUAAGUAUUUACAUUUAAAUGCUAAAUGUAAUUAUUGGUAGAUUCAGAAUUCUUAUCAAUGGAGACAUAGGCUUCACACGUUCGUUUGGGUUAAGUGGCGGAAUCACCAAUGGAAAAUAAUGGAAUACUGUAUAGAAUAACCUAAUGUGAGAAAAUGUAACCAGGGAAUUUGAGACAUUGUAGCUAAUCCUCUCUCCAUUGAAUUAUCUCACCAAUGUUUCUAUCUAAAGAAGAAUGUUAGAAUGAUCUGGAGGAUGGAUUUAUCAAUCUUUGAAUGUUGAAUUUUUAAAAUGUAACCUGUUCAUUUUACUAACUGUAAUCACAGUUUUUGCUGAUUGGUGAAGAAUUGAUGCAUUGAUGUUUUCCCUUUGGGCUUGUGAUUUCAAGAUAAUGAUGAAAAUAUGUGAUUGUUCAGACCGAGACAGGCAAUAAAAAUACAAUACAUGAGCUUUAAUUCCAUUUGAAUAGAAAGAGAUACCAGUUUUAACGCGAAAUAAACUCCAGUUUAAUAGUUGGAGUAUGAACUUAGCGGAACUGGGUCCACAAUAAUAGACCUGUUUCAAGUUGCAACUAGUGCAGACUUGUGUAAAAAAUAGUUUUUGGGUUCUUCCGGCCCAAAUUCCUUUUAAUCCAUACCCGAACAAAUCGAUCUCUCUGGAAUUUACCUGUGGAUUCAUUGAAUAGGUUAACCUCCACUGGUAAAUCUCAGAUUGAUACGUUCGGUGGUGAAUUAAAAGCAAUUUGAUUUGGAUGAAACCAACAAAUCUUUGCACAAGUCUACCAAGAACCUUGACAUAUAAAGGAUGAGUUAAUGAUCUCCAUUUGAAGUUUCCAGGCCUUACCUCACCAAAAACUGUUUUAAUGGAUCCUCUGAAAAACAAAACCGAACUCAGACAACAUAUAGAGCCAUUUCCUCUUUUAGACCUUUGAUUUUGAAGGUUUUCAUAUUCAAUACUAUGACACUGCUCUAUGGAUAGAAUGUGAUUCAUUGCUUCUCUAUAGAAUGCAUUGGAUUGGUGGAUCACGGUAUUUGCCAUGUAUGUCCCCUAUGUCCCCAUUGCUUCACACAGAAGGCAACGACUGCUGUUAUGAGGUUGUUGUGGUGUCUGAUUACAGCUUAGGUUUAUAAAUUUUUUAUCUUCUUUACAGAUUUUAUUUGAAAAAGGGCGGGAGAGGACUUGGAUCUACAGAAAGCAAGAAACGCUUAACACAUUAAUAUAUUUACUUUUGCAUUAGAAUGUUACUUUAAACACAGUUUGAUUUCCAGGUUACUUUGUACUUGCAGGCGAUACAUUUUGUUGGUUUUGCUUUCUUACUCAAACUAACUCACACCUUUAAAUAGAUCCUUGAGGAUAUGUUGCUAAAUAUUACAUCGAUCGAUCUGUCUGUCUUAUCUAUUGUGGCCGCUGCUCUAGUAGUGUUGCCAAAUUCUUUGUUUAUGUUGCAGGCCGUUGAUCUAUUUUUCUUUUAUUUCUUAGAAUGCUCCAACUUAAUCCGUUGCAAAUGUAUAGCCUUGGGCUGGAUCACUUGGUUUGAUAUUCACUAAUGAGAUCCAUCUGUUAAUAAAUGUUUAUUUUGCUUUGAACAGAAAGAGGAGCUGCCGGAUCCUGCCAAACUGGAGCUCUAUGAGUUCCACUUCAGUGACCUGCCCGUGUCCGAGCACGAGCUCAUCAAAAGUGGGAUACAAAUGUUUUUUGAGCUCAAAGCUGUUGACAAAUUUAAAGUUCCAGUGCAGGUAAUAAUUACUAUUAGCAUUAAUAUAAUAAGGUGAUGGCAAACCUUUUUGAGUCCAAGUGCCCAAACAGCAACAGGGAACCAACGUAUGUAUCUCAAGUUGCUCAAACUGCAAUUAAACACAAAAACAGAAGGCAGGCUGUGGUGAUAUGUGUGCUGGGUGUCUACUUUACCUUAAAUGCCUGUGCGGUCUUGUGGUGGCAUCGUGCCCCAGCUACCUGUGAUGUAACGCACCUCUUGCUCGUGUAGUACCAGCGAGACCUCUGCGUGAAUAGUACUUAUUCCAUUAAUUCAUGAUGAUUCACAUAUUAUAAUAAUAAUAGCAUGUAAUCAGGAAAUUGCAUUUAGCUUUUACUAGUUUCCUAGGACAUCCUGUAGUAUAGAUGUACUUGGACAGACAAUAUGCUAUCAUCGAUGUGGCAAAAGAUUUCAACUGAAAGAAAAACUCCAAGAAUCAUAACGACUAAAGUGUGUAGCACACUUCAAGGUUUCAUAGAGAUAGAAUCUCUACAAAAUGCUCAUGGUAACUGCACUGACAAAGCAGGGAUUACUUUGACUUUUGCCAAGUGUUUUUUUUUUUUUUCUCCCAAGCUUGACAAUCUCCAAAAGACCGAGUUUUAGCCAUCAGGUUUUGUGAUUUCCCAGCAACCAUUGAUAUUUGUAGGGAAAAAAAGCAAUAUCUUGUGCAGUACAUAACAAGUUCUAUGUAGGAUUCUAUAGACUUGUGUGAUCUUAUACAGUAGUCUGUUGGGUACCUACAUUAUUGAUAAGGAAGAGAGAGCCAAUACAUAGAUAGUGGCAGGGCCGUCUUUAACGCGGGGCAAACGGGGCAGCUGCCCCGGGCCCUGUUACUCUUGGGGGGCCCAAGGCAGCUUCCCCGUGGGCCCCGCUGCUCUCAACAAUUGUUUCUCCCAUGGGGCCGCCGGCCCCCACAUUAAGCAGGCCACUGGGUGGGUAUUGUAAGCAGGGGCCCGGUCACACGCUGUAGCACUUUAACAGCGCGACCUGGCCCUUUGCUUUUCGGCAACGCUGGGAGGAAGUGACGGCUGCAAUUCACUUCCUCCCACUAAGGAGAGGAGCUGCACGGGAGACUAAGGAGGGACCCUUGCCAGGAGAGGCAGAUCCCAACAGCCUUCAGUCUGGACACCUGGGGAACCACCUUCCAAGGUAGGAAACUUGUGGGUGGGUUUAAAAGAGUAAAUUUAUGUCAGUAUGUCUGUCUGUGUCUGUGUUUGUGUCAGUAUGUCUGUCUGUGUUUAUGUCAGUAUGUAUGUCAGUGUAUGUGUUUGUGUCAGUAUGUAUGUCAGUGUAUGUUUAUGUCAGUAUGUCUGUCUGUGUUUGUGUCAGUAUGUCUUUUAGUGUAUGUUUGUCAGUAUGUCUGUCAGUGUAUGUUCAUGUCAGUAUGUCUGUCAGUGUAUGUGUUUGUGCUUGUGUCAGUAUGUCUGUCUGUGUAUGUCAGUAUGUCUGUUAUUGUAUAUGUCUGUGUAUGUCAGUAUGUCUGUUAUUGUAUGUGUCUGUAUGUCUGUCAUUGUAUGUCUUUGUGUAUGUGUGUCAGUAUAUGUGUCUGCAUAUGUCAGUAUGUCUGUAGUGUAUGUUUCUGCGUGUGUGUCAGCAUGUCUGUCAGUGUAUGUCUCUGUGUAUGUGUGUUAGUAUGUUUGGCAGGGGGCAGAGUCCAGGGGCCCCAAGCAAAUGGUUGCCCAGUGUCCGGUCAAUAUUAAAGACGGCCCUGGAUAGUGGUGCCUCUGAGGGAAAAGUUUAGGUAAGUAUGUCAUCCUUUAGUUUCUCCAUUGCAUUCCGUGGAUUAAUUGGGCACGUCACCCUGAGAGAUCAUUGCAAAAUAUGCAAAGAAUCUGUAUGUGACAGUAUUGCUUAAAUCUACUCUUAAGUCUACUUAAGUGUUUGGGGAUCUGGAGAGGUUGAAUCUCAGUCACACUGUGAAUCGGUUUUCUAGAUUGGACUGUUCAAUGAGCAGCGAGGUCCUUCUACUGAAGAACCUGCCUCUGACAUAUCAACAAUGAAUAAUAAUCCCACAGCCUUCUUUUCAUCAUGUUACAGACUUUAUUACAGCCACCACAAGUGACCUGGCAUUUUUUCUACCCUUUGCAACAUUUUGAAAUGUUUGAGCAUGGUUGCCAGGUAGCCUGUGAUGUCUGUAAUAAGUCACUUAAAUUUUUUUUUAUUUGAUGGUAAUUGGAGGCUGAGAUAGCUAGAGGCAUUAUUUGUUAAAAAGACAAAAUGGUGUAAUUCUUUUUUCUUAUUGUUAAUCUGUGCCUUUCACUAGGUCUUAACAAGAUGGAUGUAUACAGUACGAAAAGGGUAUCGUGACAUCACUUAUCACAACUGGCGACAUGGAUUUAAUGUGGGUCAAACCAUGUUUUCCUUGCUAAUGGUAUGUAGUAUUUUACUAUACACAAUAAAAAAUAUAUAACUCAACCUUUGAUGUUUAAAAUCACAUAUUUUGAAGUGCUAUUUGUCCUAAAAGGGAAAUUUGACUGAGUAAAGUAACAAUGAUAUAUAUGCAUAUGGUUUAUAUGAACAAUGGUGCACGUAAACUCAUUGAGCAGGGCCCUCAACCCCUCUGUUCCUGCGCAUCCAUUUGUCUGGUUACAAUUAUGUGUCUGUUAGUCCACCCAUUGUACAGCGCUACAGAAUUUGUUGCGCUAUAUAAAUAAUAUAAUAAUAAUAAUGUGGAAGGUGGUGUACCAAUGAUGGCAGCAACUGGAUUUCACACAAAACCAUAAAAGUGGGUUUGAAGACAAUUUUCAGUCAUAUAUUACAAGUGACCCAUUAGAAGAGUUGAUGGCAUGAGAUUUGCAGAUAGUUGUAAGUCACACACAGGAAAUGGUAAAUGAAAUUUCCAAAUACAUUUAUUAAAUUCGACUAAUUGGAAGCCGCCUUUGGAGUGAUUAAUUUUAAGUGGUACUGCACCAGGACUCUCCAUCUAGUAAUCUAGGAAGCAUGCUGACUAUAAGGGAUCUUUAUGCAAGCUGAUAAAUUGCAUACUUCAUUAAAGCAUAACACAUUCUAAGUUUAGCAUAUUCAAUAAUGCACCCCAUGUAUAUCAAUGGCUAAAAACCAACCCGCAUGACACGAGGGCUUGAACAAUUCAUGAUCUGCUUACACUGGUAAUGGCUAAAUUUGGCAUGGCAGAUGUUUUGGAACUAUCAAUGAAAACCGUGCCAAAGUGAGUCAUCACUGUCUUACACUGUUACACAAUGUUUUUUAAAAUCACUUAAUGAAAUAUUUUACUUUUCAAAAAGACAGGUAAACUAAAGAAAUAUUACUCAGACCUGGAAGCCUUUGCUAUGGUUGCUGCAGCCUUUUGCCAUGAUAUUGACCAUCGAGGUACCAAUAAUUUAUACCAGAUGAAGUAAGUGCUAUCAUUUUACAAACCAGUUAUCAACACAGCCAUGCAAUAUAUGUAUUUUGACUCUCUUUAUGUUUCAUUACAGAUCUCAAGCCCCACUAGCAAAACUUCAUGGAUCAUCAAUUUUAGAAAGACACCACUUAGAAUUUAGUAAAACGUUGCUUGAGGAUGAGGUGAGAGUCGGCUGUGUCUUGCUAGUUCAUUACAGUAUUGACAGCAUAAACCAACACUUUAAUUUAAAUUAAAAAGAUUAUUUACUAUCGAAUUUAUCCCUCUUAAAUGUGGACAUUUUAGAUUGAUUUCUGUAACUCCACUGGGUCAUCCAUUCUGAUGGUAGAAAAUAUUUUUUAUUACGUGUGAAUUGACAAAUGUUCAAAACGUUAAUUUAAACUUUUAGGUCAAAAUAGCCAAAUCUAGAGUUUGAGGGUUGUUUUUCUUCCUGUUAAACUGUGAAAUUAACUUUGAAUACUUGACAAUUCGUACUUUAGUCAACAACCCAGAAAGGACUUAAUUGACUCCAAAUAUAAUUUGAGGGAAAAAAAUUCAAUAGUGUUCCAAGUCCCAGCUCUACUCAACUCAAAAAAAGAAAGUUUGACCAGUUGGCCUUGAAAGGGUUUAAACACAUUGAAAAUUUAAUUGACACAUUCUUUAUAUCAGUGUAGAUUUAGCAGUUUGACAUAUCUUUUAUGCUAUACAUCCUCUAUAAGGAAAGCCAUUUUUGCUAUUGCUUAAUUUCUAUUUGCUUCUAAAAUGUAUUGCUUUCUUGAAUCCAUACUGUAUAAAGCUACUAAUUGUAACCUUGUGACCAAUAAAGAUAAAUAUGCUCUCUUGCAGAGUUUAAAUAUUUUCCAGAAUCUGAACAAGAGACAGUUUGAAAAUGUGAUUCACCUGUUUGAAAUCGCAAUAAUAGCAACUGAUUUAGCAUUGUAUUUCAAGUAAGUAAAAUACAGAAUGCAUCUAGAACAGGCUCAUAUAAUAUUGUUAAGUAGGAUCCACUUGGCACUGUUGGUUGAGAAAAUACAUUAACACUUCGUCACCUCUAGUUACUCUGAGUAAUUCUUUUUCCUUUUUUUUUUUUGACCAUCUUUAUUUUCGUUAUUGUUGUUCAAACAUAAUAGGCAAUGUGCAUGCAAGUUUAACAAAGCUUUUGAAAGAAGUGCACAGAUACAGUAAUAAGGAACAUAUUAGUACAAAUACACAAUACAUCCAGAAGUACAGAUUACAGUACUUUAGUAUGCAAGAAGACUAUUGGGUCUAUCAUGACAGAGUAUUUUGGUAUGCAAGACUAUUGGUUCUAUCAUGACUGAGAGUACCAUGGUAAUUGAAUCUCCAAACAAUAUCACCAACAAAAGUCUUCUGUAAUCAACUGCCUUACUGUGUUGAUAUCUGUUCAAAUCAAUACACAGUCAAAUUGGAUACAAGAACCUCCUGUUCUCGAACUAGCGAUCAUAAUACAACUGAGGUGAAGGAAAAGAAAAAAAUUAAAUAAAUAAAAGGUAGGGGAAGGGGUGAAGGGGAGGAGGGGACUAAUAAGACAUUCCGGUUCCUCCUGCUCCACCCGUGCAUAGAAAAUGACUACUGCAUUCAUAGUUACAUAGCUGAAAAGAGACUUGCGUCCACCAAGUUCAGCCUUCCUCACAAAUGUUGUUGCUGUUGAUCCAAAAGAAGGCAAAAAACCUGGUCUGAAGCGCUUCCAAUUUUGCCACAAACUAGGAAAAAAUUCCUUCUUGACCCUAAAAUAGCAGUCAGAUGUCUCCUUGGAUCAAGCAGCUAUUACCCCACUAAUUAGAAAUUAUAUCCCUGUAUGUUAUGUUUUUGUAAGUAUUUAUUCAAUUUCAGUUUAAACAUCUGUAUGGACUCUGACAAAACCACCUCUUCAGGCAGAGAAUUCCAUAUCCUUAUUAUUCUUACUGUAAAAAAACCUUUUCUUUGCCUUAGAUGAAAUCUCCUUUCUUCCAACCUAAAUGUGUGACCUCGUGUCCUAUGUAUAGCCCUGUUUAUGAAUAGAUUUCCAGAUAAAGGUUUGUACUGGCCCCGAAUAUAUUUGUAUAAAGUUAUCAUAUCCCCUCUCAGGCGCCGUUUUUCCACAAUAAACAGAUUACAUUUUUUUAACCUUUCUUCAUAACUAAAAUGCUCCAUUCCUUUUAUCAAUUUUGUAGCUUGUCUCUGGACCCUCUCCAGUGCCAUGAUAUCCUUCUUUAGAACAGGCGCCCAAAAUCUCACAGCAUAUUCAAGGUGUGGUCUUACCAGCGAUUUAUAAAGAGGCAGAAUUAUAUUUUCAUCCUGAGAAUUUAUGCCCCUAUAUAUACAUGACAAAAUCUUACUGGCCUUAGCAACUGCAGAUUGACAUUGCAUAUUGCUGCCUAAUUUGUUGUCUAGAACAAUACCCAAAUCCUUCUCGUGUGUGGUUAUCCCUAAUUCACUACCAUUAAGUGUGUAAGUUGCUUGUGCAUUCUUAACCCCGAAGUGUAUAACUUUGCAUUUCUCUAUGUUAAAUUUCAUCUGCCAUUUUAGUGCCCAGUCCCCCAAUCUAUCCAAAUCUCUCUCCUAUGGAGCCAUGUUGACUCUGAGUAUUUCAUAAGGAUAGAAUCUUUAUGACUGCAUUAGAAUUUCACCAAUGUUCCAAAGCGAUCGCCAUCUAAAGAUGUUAUGGGACAAAAUAGGAACUACUUAGUCUUAUGGACUAAACCCAGGUUGACAAAAGUAGCGCUUCCACCAUCAACUUUUGUCAAUCCCCAAAGCCAUCGCUAGUAGAUGAAACUCCAGGAAAUGAACAAAGAAGAUGGUGUCGCCUUUGAAAGACAACUUGAAGGAAGUAUACUAUAUCUACCUUUAGCUUCACCCCCUCUGCUACUGCAGGCAAUAUGGUGAUGUCACCUUCUGUAGUAUUUGUAAAAUAUGUAAUGGUCACUGAAACAAGACACUUUAACCUCUUUAAGUUCAAACAUCAGCUGUUUUUAUAUCCUUUCAGUCUGCUUGGUCUGAUGUCUUAUUAAAGAGCUUAACUCGUGUGUAGCUUUUUUACUGACCUCAAUGAUGGAUAACUCUUAGUGAAAAUGUUAUAUGAACAACUAGCAGACUAUUGUUUUCAACAGUGAUACAUCUUAUUUUAUUUUCUAACUCUCCUGCAUUGAGCAGUGUUAUCUUUAGAUGAAUAUAGGGAAAAUGUUGAUGCAUUGAAAAAAAUCUUACCAAAAUGUAACUCACCUUAGUGGAAUUAUUUUAAUUAUUAUUAUUAUUGGUAUUUAUAUAGCGUCAGCAUAUUCUGUAGUGCUUUGCAAUAUUAUCAAUGGGGGUGAUUUAACAAUAAAUGAGACAAUUACAAAAACUUACAGGAACAAUAAGUUGAAGAGGGCCCUGCUCAAACGAGCUUACAGUCUAUUGGAGGUGGGACGUAAAACCCAACAGGACAGGAGGUAGCAAUCAAACAAGGUGGAGUGAAGCAGAGCUGGAGGAGAGAAUAGAGUGCUGCCCUUUAGGACAGAGCAAGGGACAGGUAUGUGAGGUCUGGGAGGCCAUAAGAUUUCCUAAAGAGAUGGGUUUUGAGGGACUUUUUAAAUGAUUGAAGACUAGGGGAGAGCUUGAUGGUCAUAGGUAGGCUAUUCCAUAGGAAAUAGAGGAUACCGAGAAUGGGCAUACCUGCGGAUCAGUGAAGAAAUAUAGGAGGGGCUAGAAUUGGUCAGUGCUUUAUAGGUGUGGAUUAGUACCUUGAAUUGAUUCCUAUAGGAUACAGGAAGUCAAUGUAAGGACUGACAGAGGGGAGAGGUGUGAAAGGAGCGACAGGAGAGGAAAAUAAGUCUAGCUGCAGCAUUCAUUACAGACUGUAGAGGGGCAAUACAACUUGUGGGAAUACCUAUUAGGAGAGAGUUACAAUAAUCCAUGCAAGAGAUUACUAGAGCAUGGACAAGCUCCUUAGUAAAAUCUUGUGUAAGAAAGGGGCGGAUGCGGGCUAUGUUUUUAAUGUGGAAUCUACAGGAUUUGACAAAAUACUGGAUAUGAGGCUCAAAUGUGAGGCCGGAAUCAAGUAUAACACUAAGACAAUGUGCUUGCAAGGAUGGACUGAUGUGGGUACCACUAACUUGAAGGGAGAGCGAAAGAGGAGGAUCAGUAGUAAGAGGAGGAAAGACAAAGAGCUCAGUUUUAGAGAGAUUGAGUUUCAGAAAGCAGGAGGACAUCCAGUCAGAGAUGGAAGAAAGGCAAGCAGUGACACGUUGCAGGACGGCAGGGGAGAGGUCCGGGGAGGAGAGGUAUAUCUGAGUGUCAUCAAUGUACAGGUGGUAUUGGAAUUCAAAUGAGUUAAUAUGUUUGCCAAGAGAGGCAGUAUAUAGAGAAAAUAGAAGGGGACCAAGGACAGAGCCUUGGGGGAGUCCAACAGAGACAGGACGAAGGGAGGAGGUAUCAUUAGAAAAGGAGAUAUUGAAUGAGCAUUGGGAGAGAUAGGAGGAAAACCAAGAGAGGACAGAGUUACAGAGAGUGAGUGAUUGAAGAGUUUGGAGAAGGAGAACAUGGUCAACAGUGUCAAAGGCAGCAGAGAGGUCAAAAAGAAUUAGUAUGGAGUAGUGCCCUGCGAUUAGAUAGGUUGUGUCGAAAGUAUGUCAGAGGCAGCUGUAUCUAUCAUUGCAAUGAAUAGUUAUAUAUCUGUCAAAAAUAAUAAUAUAAUAAUUUAAAGCAAAAGAUAUUAGAGGGAGAUAACACAAUUAAUAAUAUGGCACACAUUGCAAAGGACAGAGGAGGGGAGGGCUUUAAGUAUAAAGAAAAAUACAAGUGUUAAAAAUAGAGGAAGAGUUGAAGCGUAGGAAGGGAGGGGUCACUGCAAAGGAGGAACUCAUUACAUGUCACCAGUACACAGUGCUCGCCCGUGGUGUGUUUAGGAUUUGUGCUGCCCUAGGCAGGACGGUGCCCGGGCACCCCCCUCAAUUUAAAUUUUCCCCACCCCUUCCUGUCAAGGCCGCACUUUGACUGACAGAUGCUCACUCACUUACAGAUGCACACUCUCACUGAUAAAUGCAUACACUCACUGACAGACACACACUCUCAUAUACACUGACAAACAAUGAUAUACACACACUCACUGAUUUGACACACCGAUAGACAGACAUACACUAUUACUCGGACAUACCCUGACAGACUCACUCUCCCUUACAGACUCACUGACAGACGCCCACUCUCACUGACAGAUGCACGCACUCACUGAUUGACACACACACACACACAUUCACUGACUGACACACACUCUCUGACUGACACACACACUCACUCAAAUUCACUGACACAAACACACUUACAAUUAUUAUUAUUUUUUGAAAAAUUUAAAUCCACCCAGCCGCGGCCUACUUUUGGGAUAGCUAGAUGGAUUUUUCACCUGGGGUCCAGUGGGGCUGAUGGGAGCUGAGCAAAGAGCUCAGGGGAAAGUGCUCCCUCGCUGACAAUUUAGUGUGGCUGCCCGCCCGCCCGCCCAGGAAACAACCGCCUGCCUGCCCCGAGGGAGCCCACAGGUGGCCAGCCGGCCAGCUCUUGGGCUCCCAUAAAACGAGGCAAACAAGGUAUUUGCCUGGGCAUUUGGGGGCAGCAUUUUUUGCCGCCCCCUGGAAAUUGCCGUCCAAGGCAAAUGCCUUGUUUGCCUCGUGGAAGACACAUCCCUGGUGCUCGCGCCCGACAGAUGUAGCUUUUGCACUGGAUUAAUAUCAGGCAUUCCAGAGUUCCAAGUUGCGUAAGUCACGUGUGCCGGGGCUGCAACUAGCCCCUGGCACAAAAGUGCAAAUUUAUCUGUAUGUGAAGCAUUUCAUACAAAAGAGCUGCACAUACAUACUCCUACCACCAUGGUGGUUGGAGUAAAGCCUUAAAUGUGAAAUUCUCUUUAGUAAAUAUCCCUGUAAGACACACCACAUAGGAUAUGUCUGAGUUAAAUGUUUCCAUUCCACCUACUUCAUGUCACGUAUAGUUGUACAGGAGGGUCAUGUCUCUGGCUGUGCAUUAAGUAUCAGAACACAUCCUGCUGUUUGUACCAUGCUGUAUACAGAUUGACCUUUAGCUCUAUGAACAUUUACUGGGUUAAAAAAGCAUGGCGUGUUAAAAAAAAUAAAUCAAUUUUGCUUAUUCAGUAAAAUAACCUUGAAUUUUCUGUAAAGAGCUAAUCUGACAGACACUUAUGUGUAAUGACUUCAAAAUGAUUUCUUUGCAUAGAACAGUCAUACCAUAACAGUUAUGAAGGGGUUCUCAUUUCAAGGAAAGGGUCAGCGGACAUCAGUCAUACUAAAAUGCACCAUUAGUACUAUUCUGGAAACGGAGAAUGCUUAUUAAAAUGUACAUCAUGCAUAGACCAUAUUUUAUGGACUUGUGAUGUCAAAGUUUUUUUUGUGAUUGUCUGUGAUUUCUUUUUUUAAACAUUUUUUUGUUUUGCUGCUAUCUCUAAAAUUGUUCACUUAUUGUUUUUUGUUUGUUUGUUUGUUUUUAUUGCCAAAAGGAAAAGGACCAUGUUUCAGAAAAUUGUUGAUGCGGCAGAACAAAUGCAAUCAGAAGAAGAAGUUAUUAAGUAUAUUAUCACCGAUCCCACUAAGAAAGAAAUUAUCAUGUGAGCUGUCAAAAAGUAUUUAUUCUUCCUGUUUCGAUUGAUCCCAUGUAAUACAGUUUUUAAGCAAAUUAAUUUUACUUUAGGGCCAUGAUGAUGACCGGUUGUGACUUGUCUGCUAUUACCAAACCCUGGGAGGUACAGAGUAAGGUAGGUACUAUGGACAGUAUUCCUAGAAAUGAACACGUAUAAAUGAAGUAUACCCUCACAUAGUAAUUUUUUUACAUUUUAUUUUUAGGUUGCUCUCAUGGUUGCGAAUGAAUUCUGGGAGCAAGGUGAUCUUGAGAGAACAGUGCUUGAGCAACAGCCUAUUGUAAGUCAGAAACUAUACAAAUAUUAGGUUUAGUUUAAAGUGGAUAUUUUCUUCACGAUCUAUCAUUGUACCAUCAUAUAACAUUUUAAAACAGUGCAUAGAUUAUGUUAAUCAUUUUUAAAGCUGCAUGAUUUAUGUGACACAUAACACUAAAACACAGUAAUUUUUACUGUGAUUAACAAAUACAUUUUUUAUGAUGUACAACAAAGAGACACAAUAUUGAAUGUAUCACCUAAAACCAUGAUCUAACACGAACUAAGAAACAUUUUGGUGAUUGAACAUCUCUGCUGCCCCAUAGACAGAUACUUUUUGUUUAUUCCGAGGUAGUUUUGUAGGAUUCAGUAGUAAAUUGUAGAGCUGCUGCAGAGGUUAUGUUAUUUAACAAGGUAACUGGUUACUAUAACAAUGCGAUUUUCGUUUCAGCCUAUGAUGGACAGAAACAAAGCGGAAGAACUGCCCAAACUUCAAGUGGGGUUUAUAGAUUUUGUUUGCACAUUUGUUUACAAGGUAAGUCGUUUUCCUCAUGUCAGUAAAUGCCAUGUCAGUAGAUGCCAAUUAAACUAAAUUGAAAAGCACUUUUGAAAAUGUAGGUACAGGUCUAGCACCCUGUAAAUGAAAUGUUCCCAAGUGCACGUUUGACCUUCCCAUAAAAAAUAAUAUGCACAAGCCAAUCCUGGCCAAACAAGAAUGGGGGACAUAGAAAGAGAAGUUGAUGCUUAUCGACCUCGUUGUGGCCUAUUCUAGUUAACCCUCAGGGCCGGCCUUAGGCAAUUAGGCGCCCUGUGCAAAAAGUCUUCACGUUGCCCCCCCCCACCUCCCACCAAGUUGCCUGAAUACAGUAACACACACAGGCACCGGGGACGUGUGUAUCACGAGGCAAACAAGGCAUCUGCCUUGGGCGCCACUUUGCAGGGGGCGGCAAAAAAAAGCAUCCCUCCAAACCCCCAGGCAGAUCCCUUGCUUGCCUCGCAUCCUGGGGGCUCAAGAGCUGACCGGCUGGCCACUUUUGAGCCCCCCCAAGGCUGGCAGCGGGCAGCGAAGGAGCAUACUCACCUGAGCUCUUCCUGCUCAGCUUCCUCUGCGCCGCUUAAUGAAGCCGGGAGCCAGAAUAUGACGUCAGUCCGGCUCCCGGCAUCACUAAGCGCUGCUUACUCAGCCUGUGCGCCCCCUGCCUGCCUGCCCAGCAGCCACACUGGACUGCUGGUAAGAAAUCCACUCCAGCUUUCCCAGGGAGGCUGGGUGGAUUUAAAAUAAAUGUAAAAAAAUAUUAGUUUGUGAGUGUUAGUGGAAAUGUCUGUGUGUGUGUCUGUGAGUGUUUAUUUUGAAGUGAAUGUGUGUGUGUGUGUGUGUGUGUCUGUAAGUGUGUAAUUGUGUGUGUCUGUGAGUGAAUGUGUGUGUUGGUCAGUGAGUGUAUGUGUCAGUCAGUGAGUGUGCAUGUGUCAGUCAGUGAGUGUGUAUGUGUCGUCAGUGAGUGUGUAUGUGUCGUCAGUGAGUGUGUAUGUGUCGUCAGUGAGUGUGUAUGUGUCGUCAGUGAGUGUGUAUGUGUCGUCAGUGAGUGUGUAUGUGUGGUCAGUGAGUGUGUAUGUGUGGUCAGUGAGUGUGUAUGUGUGGUCAGUGAGUGUGUAUGUGUGGUCAGUGAGUGUGUAUGUGUGGUCAGUGAGUGUGUGUAUGUGUCGUCAGUGAGUGUGUAUGUGUGGUCAGUGAGUGUGUGUCGGUCAGUGAGUGUGUGUCGGUCAGUGAGUGUGUGUCAGUCAGUGUGUAUGUGUCGGUCAGUGGAGUCGUGCAUCUUUCAGUGAGUGCUUGCAUCUGUCAGUGAGAGUGUGCAUCUGUCAGUGUGUGUCCAAGUAAUAGUGUAUGUGUGUAUGUCAUUGUUUGUCAGUGUAUGUGAGAGUGUGUGUCUGUCAGUGAGUGUGCGUCUGUCAGUGAGUGAGCGUCUGUCAGUGAGUGAGCGUCUGUCAGUCAAAGUGCGGCCUUGACAGGAAGGGGUGGGGAAAAUUUAAACUCGGUUACAGGCAUGUACACACACACUCAGUUAAAGGCAGUCACACAUACAGGCACAGGCACAAACAAUGGCACAGCUACAGCGACACACACAGACAGACAGUCACAUAGGCAGUCACACACACACAGACACACAGUAACACACACAUAGACAGUUAUACACACACAGGCAGGCAGUCACACAGAUAGAAAGUCACACACACAGGCAGGCAGUCACACAAAGACAGUUACAGACAGACACACACAGGCAGGCAGGCAGUCACAUACAGGCAGUCACACACACAGACAGACAGUCACACACACAGACAGUCACACACACAGACAGUCACACAGACAGACAGUCUCACACACGGGCAGUCACACAGACAGACAGUCACACACACAGGCAGUCACAUACAUGGGCAGUCACACAGACAGACAGUCACACACACAGACAGUCACACACAGGCAGGCAGUCACACACAGAGACAGUCACACACACACACAGAGACAGACAGUCACACACACACACACACACACAAGGACAGGCAGUCACACAGACAGUCACACACACACACAGACAGACAGUCACACAAACAGGCAAACAGUCACACACACACACUUACCUCUUUCCAGUGGAUGCAGUUGGCUGAUGGGGAAGCAUCUUUCCCUCUUCCUGUACAGCAGGGGCUUCGGGAGGUAUUAGCCCCGUCUCCGCCUCUCGAUAAGCCCCGCCUCCGCCGCUCGGUAAACCCCGCCCCCUCUGCCGCGAUUUUUUUUUUUUUUAAAUAGACCCGGGUGGAGAAUAAUUAAUCCUCCAGCCAGGUACCUCUUUUAGCUCCCCUGCACUCCGGCCAUGAGUGAGCUGUGUCGGCCACAGGGCGCCCCCUGUUCCAUGGCGCCCUGUGCGGUCGCACAGCUCGCACACCCCUAAGGCCGGCCCUGUUAACCCUUAUGACCAUACCUGGACAUUCAAGUAAUAGCACAAUAUUAAUGGCUUAUAUUCUUUAAAUGUGAGCAAUAAUGGGAGCCGUGGAGAGGGGGAGGCAUUGCUCCUCUGUUUAUCCCACCUUUCAACGUCCCUGUCUGGUUUAUUUAAUGAGAAAUGAGUUUCUCUGGUAAUGAACUUCCAUUUGUCAUUAUUGUUCCUUAAGUGACUCAACUUAUUCAUUUUGCCAUGAGCUGUAGAAGAUCACACUGAACUGGAUCAUUUUCUCAGUUGACAAUUGUGGUCUUAAUCUUGAAUCUCAUUGUUUGAUGAACAAACAAUGUAAAGACAUGUUUUCAUGCAUUGAACGUAGGUGUAUGUACAUAUAUAUAUAUAUAUAUAUAUAUAUAUAUAUAUAUAUAUAUAUAUCAAAAUUGCUCCUGCACUCACGCUUCAAUGUCCCUCAGUAGCCGGGUGCCAACCAAAAAGUAGCUUCACUAUCCAAGCAAUAUAAGUAAAUGGCUGCACUCACGUAGUAAAAGUCCAAAAUUUUAUGAUAAAUAGUUAAAAUAUCCAAGAUCAACGUUUCAGUCAUCACAGACUUUCAUCAUGAUCCUGAUGAAAGUCUGUGAUGCCUGAAACGUUGAUCUUGGAUAUUUUAACUAUUUAUCAUUAAAUUUUGGACUUUUACUACGUGAGUGCAGCCAUUUACUUAUAUUCCUUGGAUAUUGAAGCUACUUAUAUUGGAUAUUGAAGCAUUUACUUAUAUUCCAUAUAUAUAUAUAUAUAUAUAUAUUACCAUGAGGAUCAAUCACAAAUUAAAAAAACUAUAGGGAUGAGACUUUGCAAGGAAGAAGGAAGAUUCUUUUCUGUAGGGACAGCCAUGAUGUUGAUUUUAAUAAUGUAAAAGUAAAUUAGAGAAGAAUAUACUUGUGACUGAGCUUAUAUUGGAAUGUAGAGGACAGCUGUUUAUUAGGAAAAUAAUGAGUAUAGUGUUAUAAGUAUUCCACAUUGCUGUGCGAGAGGGCCCAGCCUUGCAGGCCCGGUAGAGCGAGGUAUGCCAGCGUAUGUCCCACUCCUAAAAUGCCCCAGCCAGCCACACUGACCCAAACCAGAGCCACAACACCCAAGACUCUCGAACUCCCGGGACACUGACCCCCCCCCCACUCAAGGGCAUCGGCUGAAGGGACUCACAACACCGCAGAUGGAACCCCACAGAUGCUGCCUACCUAUGGGAAAGGACUGGUUGUUACAUUGAUUACCUCCUCUGACAUUAAUAACCUUAGCAGGAAAGGUUCUUAUCUGUAGUUUUACUUGCACGGUCCUAUGCCAACUAUAAUCUCUUAAAAGUUGAGCAGGCUCUCCCUAAAUACCCCAUUACUACGCCAGCCUUUAGAAGGUGCUACACCCCUUGUGCAACCCACGUAACCAUUCAAUCUUUCACUACCUGCCUAUACCUGCUUCUAGCUCUAGGGUGGCGAUAUACUGAACACGAAGUUAAAGGACCUCUACAGGCACCCAGACCACUUCAGCUUAAUGAAGUGGUCUGGGUGCCAGGUCCAUCUAGGAUAAACCCUUUUUUUUUUUUUUUGAUAAACAUAGCAGUUUCAGAGAAACUGCUAUGUUUAUAAUAUGGUUAAUCCAGCCUCCAGUGGCUGUCUCUUGACAGCCGCUAGAGGCGCUUGCGUGCUUCUCACUGUGAAAAUCAGUGAGAAGACGCCAGCGUCCAUAGGAAAGCAUUGUAAAUGCUUUCCUAUGAACUGGCUGAAUGCGUGCGCGGCUACUGCCGCGCAUGCGCAUUCAGCCGAUGACAUCGUAUGGAGGAGAGGAGGAGGAGGAGAGCUCCCCGCCCGGCGCUGGAGAAAGGUAAGAUUUUAACCCUUUCCUCUCCCCAGAGCCCGGCGGGAGAGGGACCCUGAGGGUGGGGGCACCCUCAGGGCACUAUAGUGGUCCUUUAACUCAGGCACCAAGGGUAGGAUAUUAACUCAGCUUAACCAGUCCCAGCAUCUCUCUUAAUUAAAUUUAAUCACUCUCGUGUUUUACCUGGAGGGUCAUCAUGGUCCACAUGCUUGCAAUUGGACCUAUAGUUUAAAACAUAUGGUUAACUUGAUCUUUUAUGUUUUCCCUCAUGCAAUUUCUAUGCCUAAACAGUAAGCUAAGCGCCACCGUUAAGAAAUAUCUCUGUUGAUAUGCCUGUGUACCGUAAUGUUAUCAAUCUAUUAUAAAAUAGUGCCUGUUUAUUCUUGCCUACAAUGUUACUUACACUAAAACGAGAAACCUAAACUGUUGAAAUGUUACCUUUACUAAAAUAUGUGCCUUACUUGCAAUGUCACAACCUGCAAUGUACCCAGAACCUUAAUUUACCCUGAUGUCGCUGUUAUGGCGCGCCAAGGUUGUUUGUUAAAUCUUAUGCACAAUAAAAAUAAAGAAUUGGAAAAAAAAAAAAAAAAGUAUUCCACUUUGGAAAUAGGAACAAUUUGUUGCUUGUAUUAUUAUUAUCAGCAUUUGUGUAGCGCUUUACAGUUAUCACUAAUUUUCCCCAACUAUCUAUUUACUAUCUCUAGGAAUUUUCACGGUUUCAUAAAGAAAUCACGCCCAUGUAUGACGGACUUCAAAAUAACCGGGUUCACUGGAAAUCACAAGCUGAUGUUUACGAAGAAAAAAUGAAAGUUAUCGAAGAACAGAAAAAGCUGCAGGAAAAUUCUAACUGUACAAAAAACUGUAAGCAAGGAUUGUGUAAUGCAUCAUGGGUUAAACGUGUUAAAUAAUUAAUUGUGACUAAUAAGGGUUGAUCACCAUGAUUAUAUAUAUACAUGUACAGAGUUACAGAAAAAUUCUGUAGAAUAUGGUUCGAUUUCACCUACAAGUAAUAAUGAACUAAGAAACUAAAAGUGCAAAUAUGUCACGGACAUCACAAAGGUGCUAUUCAGUUAUGACACUAGACAGUUUGGACAGAAUAAGGGCAACCAACCAUUACGUACCAACUGGGAUUGAAUUUUCAGACAGAGGAAGUAGCUGUCAAUAAGAAUCUAUUGUAUAAGAUUCAGCAGCGCUGGAUGAUGGUUUCCAGUUUCUCAAACUGCAACUGGAACCCAACUUUAUCUUCAAGUCUUUACACUGCAAUUAAACAUGAAAAAAACAUUUAUUCAGAAGUGUGCUGAAUGGGUAUUUUAAUUUAACUGGAUUAAUAAAUAAAAAAGAAAAAUGUUUUGCCUCCUCUACUGCUUACCUUUUUUCUCAAGUGAGGAGGCUAUCUUCCCUGGUGGUCCAGUAGGGGUUAAUAAUAGAUCGCUGAUAAUAUAUCUCUGAUGCUCCAAUAGUCUUAAUAAUUAUUCCUUGGUGACCGGGUUGGGGAGUGCAUGGUCUGCACCUUCACCUGGUACAGACCAUAUCAAUUGUUAUUUGUGGUCUGGCACUCAGUGAGGAAGUUAGAACACAGGCUGGGAAUCUGGGGGACUGUGCAGAAACCCUCGCUAAGCUUUGAAACCACAAGGGAGCUAUUUAUAUGGUCUGCACCAGGCAGAAGUGCUGACCAUGCGCCCCAACUCCUGACCACCAUUUACCACCAUUCCUUAGACACUGCACACCCCCUUCCCACUGCUGGUGUGCCCUAUGAGCUGCCCUACGGUAGCGCCAUCACCUAGCGUACCUGUGAUGUGGUGAACCUGGUCUAGACUUUUCUAGAUUCACUGUAAUCUAAAUAGUUUACAAGCAGGCUUUCCUUUUAGAAAUGAAUUCUCUUUUUCUGUUACCGAGCCACACUUUUCAAUUCCGUAUUACUGCCUUAACUGUAGGUUAAAGCUUCUUUACCACAACCGUUUCCAAGUUGCAACAUGACUGUACUCCCCAAAACAGGAUCUGUGCUAUGGAAAAUAUUAAAGUAAAAAAAUAUUUGUUAUAGAAAAUAUCCUUUAGUAGAAUUUUAAGAUAAAAUUCUGUAAAUGCCCACUUGACAGGUGAGUACAUACUAAUGACAUCUGUUUAACAUGUCACUAUAGAUUUAUUCAUACAGCUCCAAGGCAUAUCGUUUGAGUGUUUUAGUUCAUAUCAAUCUUAAAUCGUAUGUUAGUUUAUCACUUUUUUUUUUUUUUUUUAUCUAUAUAUUUAUUUUCUUUUUGCAACUCCAGCCAUACAAUUUCUACCUGAUUGUUAUGGAAUUGGAAAGUUAGUUUUUGUGUGUGAGAGAGGAUAUUUCUGUUUAUAGGUGCUAAUGUUUCCACAUUGUGGCAAAAACGAUGUUACUAUAAUUUGACAUUAUUUUACUCUAAAAAUGUUGAAAUUAUCUGCUUACUUUUCUGAUAUGAAACUGAAGAUUAACAAUAAAGGGAAAUUAAAGGCUAGGAAUCGAAAAUUGUAUUCCUAGCUCAAAAAGGGUUAAAAACCCUUUUGCCACUUACCUGAAUUCAGCACCCAUGUGCCUCCUCUGACGUUGCUGCGAUCGCAUUAGGAUAACCCCAUAGAAAAUCUGAUGCAAUGCUUUCCUAUGGGGUUUUAGCAGUUGCAGGACGUCCAGUGUCAGUUAGGCAGCCAAAAGUAACCUAACCACCCAGAAACGUCUCUAGUGGUUGUCUGGUAGACAGCCACUGCUGGUGGAGUUAACCCUGUAAGGUAAUAAUUGCAGUUUCUCAAUAACUGCAAUAAUCAUCAUUGUAGGGUUAAACUGACAGGGGCACUGCACCCAGACCAAUUAAAUGAGCUGAAAAAAAUAAAACAAAUGCACCCAUGCUGCGCAUAUCCAUCUCUUGGCCAUACACAGAAACCCAUUCAGCCGUCCCACAAACCCGUGAUAAACAUUUCUGUCCAGCUGCUUACAAGAAUGACAACCAUUCCCUAAAGGGAAUGCAUGCUACAGCCAACAUAUACAUAAGAAAAUAAAUACAUGCUGUUAGCUGUUCAAUUGUGCGUGUGCGUGCAAACCAGCUGCAUAUUUUAAACACUGGGAGGUAAUAAAUCAGGAUGCAGGGUGGACAAUUCUAAAGAGACGUGCCAGUGACAUCACUUGCUUCGGUGAUGCCCAAAAUGGGAGAUCCCACCUGCAAAGAGUUUGGACUGUCCAGAACAAGAUCGCAGGCCAGGAUGGCUUACAGCCUCCCUGGUUGGCCCCCACUCAGCAUUGCUGAAACACUUUCUAGUGUAUUUAGAUAUGUGACACCAAGGAACAGAAUCUUGACAAUCCUGACCAGAUCAGGACAGUUGGGGCGCAUGUAACAAUGUUUACAGUUUGGCUAUGUUAGAAUUUUGGAAAAUUCACAAUAACGAGGAUUGUUCAAACCAAAACAACAGUGUUUUUAAUCCUGAGGAAGCCUUCCUAUACUGAUCCCCUUUUCCACCAAAAAGUGAAUAAAAAGGAAUAUAGCCAAGCACACACCUCCCCCCGAACCCUCUGAUCCUUCUUUGCUGAUGUCAUGCCACCUUGCUGCAGGGGGACAUAUGUCAGGGAGAGGAGGACAUGGGUGGGACAGAGGGUAGGCGUGCUGCUAAAUAUGUCCCAAUGGUGCAAAGGGAGGUGGAGUUACAGCUUCAGCAGCAGAGAGGUUAAAUUCUGUAUGUACACCAUUUUAUAGCGAAACACUGCUCAUACAGAAUUCAUGGUACCAUGACCACUUCAAACCACUGAAGUGGACAUGGUUCUUAAAGUUACCCUCUAAAGCUCAGUAACAGGAUUAUCCACUAUAGUGUGAAUUGCCAUAAUUCAAAGUGAAUUCAAAUUUUAGACCUAAAUAGACAUCAAACAUGUCACAGUUUUUUUUCCCACUCAGGUCACAACUUUAGCCUAUUAAAACUAAAUGGCAAAAUCUAGGCAAGUAUAACCAAUUAGGAACAAUUCUCAAACUUUACAGCCAGAGGCCUACCUCGGUUAGACAGCACCUGUGGCAGAAAUCUAUUUUUGAAACCUGCCCAGCCCAAAAUGUAAAAAAAUUAGUCUCCCUUUGCAUUACUCCUAAUCCCCUUUUUGUUAGGGAAAUUAAACACACAUACUGACAUUCAUAUACACACACACAUUCAUAUUUACAUAUACUUACAUUCAUGUGUACACAUACAUUCAUAUACACACACAUUUACAUAUACUUACAUUCAUGUGUACACAUACAUUCAUAUACACACACACAUUUAUAUUUACAUAUACUUACAUUCAUGUGUCCACAUACAUUUAUACACACAUACAUGGAAACAGAAAUACGCAGACUCAUACACAGACUCUUAGAUAUGCAUUCAUAUAUUAUAUAUAUAUAUAUAUAUAUAUAUAUAUAUAUAUAUAUAUAUACACACACACACUCAGUACUACAUCCAUACACAGACACACACAAAUUUCUAUUUUAAUACAGUGAGGUGCACCCAGCCGCCCUGUUCUUACCUUGACAAGGAGAGAUGGGGUGGAAUCUCAUACCAAGUGAGGAGUUGCUGGCAUCAGUCUCUGUACUGAUUUCCCAGCUCCGAAACGCUCUGUACUGUUGCUAGUGUUGGGAUGAUAUCAUAUACAGUACUCGCGGAGGAGGGACUCUCCGGCAGAUUGGACCGUGAUCCCUGGAUCUUAAGUGAAUAUUUGAGGCCCGCUUCGGGUGCGCAGGUGAGCUGGCUAGACCACCACACCAUUGGUCACAGCUGGUCUAUUUUUUGAGUGAAUUUUGCAAUUUGGAUUUUAGUGAAUAAACCUGUUUGAAUUUCCUAACAGUUCACAUUUUAAUAAAUAACCUGGUCAGUUAAUAGUUUGUAAUAUCAGGAGAGAUUUGAGCAUCUAUAGCCGUGCCUUUCAUUCGAUUUUGCCACUGGCUAAAAACAAAAGAAAAUAGUCUCCUCUAUAUUUUUGUAUUCUUUAUCUAUUUUGUUGUGUUUCUAUUUAGACCAAUCAUUGUAUAAUAAAUAAAUAACAAAAAAAUAAGUGCUCACAAAAAGAUGUAUAGCAGGGCUACAGGACCUCAUUACGAAUACAGCAGCAAUGUAUUAUGACUUAAGAGAAUUGUGUGAAGUCUAGUCCACAAACAGAGAACCAAGGUUUAGAAACCGUUAAUUUAGAGGAACCAAUCCACUCUACACAAACAGAAUGGAAUUAUGAUGAAACGUUGAUGUGGGGACUAUGAACUCACAGGACAUUCAGAAUCACCGUAAUUAAAAUAACUUUGUAUUACUUGGAUUUUCCUCUAGAUACAAUAUGACAGAUAGUGACAAUUUCCAUGACUAACAAGAAUUUAUAAGUCAUAAACCACAGUAAGGAGAGCAUCAGCAAUAAAAAUUGAAUCUGUAAAUGUAACUAUACUUAAAGGGACACUGUAGUCACCGAAACAACUGUAGCUUAAUGAAUCAGUUUUAGUGUAAAGAUCAUGCUUCUCAGGUUUCACUGCUCAAUUCACUGCCAUUCAGGAGUUAAAUCACCUUGUUUCUGUUUAUGCAGCCCUUGUCACGCCUCAACCUGGCUCUGAUUGACACAGCCGCCAUGAAAAAAAAAUUGGUUUCACUUUCAAUCAGAUGUAAUUUACCUUAAACAAUUUUAUCUCUUGCUCUGUAAAUUGAACUUUAAUCACAUAAAAGAGGCUCUUGCAGGGUCUAGCAGGCUAUUAACAUAGCAGGGGAUAAGAAAAUCUAAAUGAAACAGAACUUGCAAUAAAGGAAGGAUAAACUUUAGAUCACUCUUUACAGGAAGUGUUUAGGGAGGUGUGACUAGGGUUCAUAAACAAAGUGAUUUAACUCCUAAAUGGCAGAGGAUUGAGCAGUGAGGCUGCAGAGGCAUGUUCUAUACACCAAAACUGCUUCAUUAAGCUAAAAGUUGUUUUGGUGACUAUAGUGUCCCUUUAAUAAAACAAAAAGGGGCUAAAAAAAAAAAAAAGUCUGCAUACAUAGGAAUAUAAAAUAGUAUCUGAUGCAGUUGUACAAGAUAAUUGUACAUUCUGUAAUGGUAUAUGCAUUAAUAUAGUAAACCCGUGUAAUUGGUUUUAGGACGGUCAAGUUGACCAGGUCAGUCUGACCUCAAAAUGAUUCCAGGAAGAACACAUUAGCUGAAGUGCUAUCAUGGAAGUUUUAAAAGGCUUUAUAGAAGGAGGUAAUCACAACAUAUUCAGUAUGACCCAUGUGUUUAAAAGAGGUUGGGAUUCAUUGGCUAAUGAAUAAGUUACCAGCUGUAGCCGAGGAAAAAAAAAAAAGUGUCCUGGGGUCAAGUUUUUAUGUUGUCUUAAAUUCUGUCUUUGAAACAAAACAAAAAAGAUCAGUCAAAGUUAAUGACUCCACAGCUGGGUGCACAAGAGGGACAGUAGAUGUGUAAAUAUAUAUAUUAAAUGCGGCCUUGAAAAUUUUGGACCACCAAAUUCCAAAGGGAGGGACAGAUAAAUAGCCCCCUUAUUAAAUAUAGUAUAGGGCAGGGAUAGGCAAGCUUCGGCACGCCAAAUGUUAUGGACUACACCCCCCAUAAUGCUCUUACACCCAUAUUGCUGGCAAAGCAUCAUGGUAGGUGUACUCCAAAACAUCUGGAGUGCCGAAGGUUACCUAUUCCUAGUAUAGGGCAUUCCCAGGAAUUCCUGAUGUGGUGCCAACCUCACAGAGAUAUGUAGGUGUUUGUCUCUGGGAACCAGGAGGGAGGAGGGCUCUUCACUCACUCAGAGCAAUCUUUCAAUGGGAUAUUACAUCAAUGUGAAAUCUUCAUGAGCACCUCUCUCCAAUUCAUUUGACAAGUGCCAGGGUAGGUGUCCCUCACACAUAGGAGCCUAUAGGCAGGUACCUAUCUUAGAUACUGAUAAAUCUGGACUUUACUGACGAGAAGUAAAAACAUUAGAUGUUGCAAAUUUUAGUGCAAUGAGAAAACAAUACAAGAUCUCUAAAAUAAAAAAAUAAAAAAUGUAAUCAGUUUCUACUCAGAACUUUCCCAAAUGACAGUUGAUGAAAUUUGUGAAGUGUCAUGUUAAAACAUUUCAAUGCAGUACACAGAAUGUUUCUCUAAUAAUGAGGGGCCUGUCUUAAUAAGAUAUAGAGCACUUAACCUUUAACAUACCUUGCCAAUUUACAUAAACAACUCCUCUAAUUCCUUGGGGACUAAAUACUAGUGAGAUAAAAUCCAAAUUGCUAAAUUUAGGACAAAAAAUACAUCUUAGGAAAAAUUUUUUCUAGAUGUCACUGCUUCACUGUUUAAGCUUGAAUUUUGCAAUCUGGUUUUUAAUAAACCCUCUUGUAUCACUUGCUAGACUUUUAAAAUCAUGCCUCCAAUGUAACACAGUACAUUUUUACGGUACAUUCUAGAGCAGUGUUCCCCUAACCCAGUCCUCAUGGACCACCAACAGCCUAGAAUUAAAUGUGUGUCCCUGUUUUAUUCCAAUGGAGAUACUGACAAAACCUAGACUGUUGGUGGUCCAUGAGGACUGGGUUGGGGAACACUGUUCUAAAAAAAGAAUUUUAUUGCUUUGGCUCAUAAUACUUCACACAUCCAGAAGCUGCUUGGCUGCCAAGUAUGCCCAACUCAUUGUAUGACUCCAUAGACUGUACCUCACUUCUAUCUAAUACACUUCAUUAUUGUGAAUUGUCAUUCCACAUACCUCCAUCAUAAUCAAAGCCGGUCAACAAUAACUCAUUGUUAAGGUUUUAUCAGUGUUUAUAUUCAAGUGUCUCCCUUCAGUCGAUACGGUUUGAGUUAGGAUGAAACUUUUGAUUAAGGGAACAAUCCAAACACUAUAACCACUACAACUUUUGGUGAUUAGGGAUUAUGCAUUAGGAUUUUCUAAACCUCCCACAUUGUAGGGAGUCAAACUGUCUAAGUACGGUUUGAUUUUUUUUAUCCAGCAUCCGCCAGGCACUGCUCCCUGUCUCCACAACUCCCUAUGGAGUGACAGAGUUGUUCCUACUGAGCUAAAUCAAGUGAAGGGCUUAGCUCAUUGGCUGGGAGUGAUCAGCUAAGCGCAGGAGAGCUAACAGAAGAUCCUGCUUAGGAGCUGCUGGCUUUCUAUGGGAAGUGAAGGAAACCAAAUAAAUGUAUACUGAUAAAAUGUUUAUUAGAUAUUGCUGUCUUACUAAUAUGUCGGAAGUAUGAGGGAUGACAAUUUGCAAUAAUGCAGUGUAUUAUUUAUUUAUAAACCAUUUUACCAGGAUGGAUACAUUGAGAUUUCUCUUGUUUUCAAGUAUGUCCUGGGUGUAUAGGCUGAGAACAUCAGCUGACGGUCUCAGCCUACCACCAGCGCCAAGUCUAAGGCUUCUUCAUUGAAGCCAAAUACUUGGCCAGAAGAAAAGGGGCACAGCGGACAGAUGCUUUGUACACAAAUCUGAGUUAAAUCGCUUAUAAGCAGUCUAAACUAGACUUGUACAUGGAGAGAACAAAUUACAAAUAAAAAAUGAACGGAAGAAAACCCCAAGAAAACAAAAAUUUAAAGGCGCAAAACAUGGGCAAUCAGUACGCUGCAAAAUAUAUACAUAAUGUGGCCACCAUGGGAUUGUUGAAAGAGGCACUAUGCUUCAGAUUUAGUCAGUUGUAAUUCUGUUGAUAGUCCUACACUUUAACAUGACCAAAAACAAGAACAUGUAAGAAGCGCUUAAGAUUAAAUUAAAGGUUAGAAAACUACUUUAUAUCCCACAUGUACCAGAUAAAAUGGUUUAGGGAGGUAAAUGAAUAAAUAAUGGAGCGCUUUAAAAUUAUUCCAAUCUCUUUUGUAUAGACACCAUAUAAAAACUCAUCCAAAAUAAAACAAACUUACUCAUAGGAAUUGCACAUGAAAAAAAUGAAACAAUAAUGUAAAUAGUUUUAAAAUUACCCAAUUAAUAAAUGUAUAUAGUACAAAUCAGUAACAAUUAUCCAAUCACAUUUACCAAAAUCUAGUAUACCAGCUCUAGUUUACUGGUGGCUUCAAGGCUAGUUACUAACCCCGGGCAUUAAAGGACCACUCCAUAGGUACAAUUUUGAAGAUACUAAAAUCACUGUUUAGUCUUCUCCAGAAGUUCCCAACCCAGUCCUCAAGUACCCCCUACCAGUCCAGGAUUUAGGGGUUACCCUGUUGUGUAAAGUGUUUUUUUCUUCUUCUUCUUCAAAAAACACCUUAGACACAACUGGGUUAUCCCUAAAUCCUGGACUGGUAGGAGUACUUGAGACUGGGUUGGUAACCACUGGUUGACUUCACUGAAUACAUACAGGCAUUUUUCAUGCAUGUAUUCAUUGGAUAUAUCUCUAGGGUUAUCAGAUCCACCAUGUUUUCAACACCACCAAAUUUCUUCAUAUUUUUGGCUGAUGCUGGACAUCAUUACACUCUGCAAAAGUACAUCUAGCAUCCAUAAAAUCCCCAUAGGAAAGCAUUGAAGCAUUGCUUUCCCAUGGGGAGGGCCUAACGCGGUCGCAUCGCUCACCACGCAUGCGCAUUAGCCACCCCAUCGGCUGGAGGAGGGAUAUGUAAUCCCUUGGAGUAUGUUUUGUUUAUUUUUAGCCAGUUUAUAGUAUUUUUGAAUUGUAUAUACUGUACACACAAAUGCGAUUGGGUUAAUUUUAAAGGGCUCCACUUUAUAUUAUUGUUUUUUCUUCACUUUAGCAGGACCACUAGACGUUUAGCAAAUUCGAAACCUAAAAGAACAUGAAAACAUUUUUCUAACCAUUAACCAAUACCUCAAAAUAUACCUGGGGAUAAGUAAAAAUUCCCAGCAUAACCACUUUUCUUUACUUGACUAGGUGUGCAAGCAACACUAACUAAUGAUUCCUCAAUAUCAUGAGUUAAGCCAAGUUUUAAAGAAUUACUAAAAGCACUAUGACCACUUCAGUGAUUUGACUUGGAGUCUGUAUGUGCAGCGUUUUGCUAUGCAACGCUGGACAUACUGAAUUUAACAAAGGUGUAACAAAGCUUCUUUGUUGGUGCGUCAUUAGCCAGCCCAGAACAAGAGUUACACAUUAACAAAGAUUGCAUCUGCUUUUGGAAUGAUGACAGAAUGGAACAGAUGUGUCCAGGGACUUUAGACUGGGGACAGAUUAGAUAUUUCUGAAAAAUAAUUCUACAUGUGUACAGCUCAGUGGGAAGUGUAGAAAGUUUCAAACUACAAAUCAAAUUUAGAAUCUAUGACUGGACUCGAGUUCGAUUCAUAGCAGCAAAAAUGAGAGCACUUAAAAUGCAAUGAUCUAUUAUACAACCUCACAUUCACACUUCGUUCAGAAACAAGCCCAGCUUAUACCAACAACCUGAUUAUACUUUCGAUAAACCCAGAAGUCUAGACACCAGUAAAAUACAUCUGCUGAGUUAUUCCAUAACCAUUUUAAUUACAUAAAUAUUAAUGGCGAACUGAGGCUAUCACCUGAGCUUGUUUUUAUACUUUAAUUUUGCCAUAGAGAUUUAAUUUGUUAAAGUUCACCGUUUAGUUAAUAACUAAGCAAAGUAUCUAUCAGAUGCACAUUUAUUUACGCAGAUAGCUAGCAAUGAAUAUAUAUAUAUAUAUAUACUCAUUUUAGUGAAUAACCCUGUAUUAUUGUCUUUGCCAAUUACUCCAUAAUCCGUGCUCCUUGUACCAUAUUACCAUAAUAUAUUUACAAAAAUCUCAUCAGCCCCAUUUUUGAUGCCAUGUGUAAGAUGGUCGACAGUCUGUAAAUCAAAUUUUAGGACUGGGCCACAGCACAUCUCUAGCCAAUUUCAUAAUGAUUUUGAAGGAAUGCUACUUUAAAAAGACACUAUAGUCAUCAAAACAACUUUAGCUUAAUGAAGCAGUUUUAGUGUAUAGAUCAUGCCCUUGCUUUCUCACUGCUCAAUUCUCUGCCAUUUAGAAAUUAAAUCACUUUGUUUUUGUAGCCCUAGUCACACCUCCAUGCAUGUUACUUACACAGCCUUACUAAACACUUCCUCUAAAAAGCUAAUGUUUACACAUCCUUUAUUGCACAUUUUGUUUAAUUUAGAAUUUCUUAUCUCCUACUCUAUUAAUAUCUUGCUAGACCCUGAAGGAGUCUCCUGUAUGAAACUAAUGUUCAAUUUACAGAGCAUGAGAAAACUUUGAAACAUCUAAUUAAAAAUGAAACCAUUUUUUUUCAAUGUAGACUGUGUCAGUCACAGCCAGGGAAGGUGUGGCUAGGGCUGCAUUAACAGAAACAAAAGGCAUGAUCUAUACACCAAAGCUGCUUUAUUGAGCUAUCUGUAGUGUCCCUUUAAGUUAACGUACAUGUAAAAUGAACAAUACAUCUGGCUGCAGUUCAGCUACAAAAGGCUGGCUUGUCUGUACUGUUUUGAAUGCAGGCUGAAAGGUUUUAAAAGUAUGUAUAAGUAUAAGAAAUACGCAAGACAAUCAUUUGGGAUGAUCUCACAAGAAUGUCUCAAAAAUAUAUAUUAAUUAAUAUGAUAGUUUUGCGAUUCUGUUUGUGCAGUCAUUGAUUUUACAGAUGGCUAAGAAAGCUGACAAUUGGGAUAACAAACUGCAAUGCGUAACAAGUGUCCCAUGUAUUUAAUAGAAUGUUGGCCCAGUGUAUAUCCAAAUAAAGUAAAUGGGGAUCAGAUAAGGGGGUAACCUUAGGGUCGUUAAUGAAUAGUAAUCUGUCCCAGUACUAUCAUAGAAAAGGUCAAUAAAAUCCUUUAUUGGUAAAACUAAAACCACACACAUACAAAUGCUUACUCACUUGUCACAUCCACCACCAUUGUAGUUAAUUGGGGCAGUAUAUGUGACAAGAUCUAAAUAUGCUAAGUGAGGAAUACGUACAAAAAGGAGGGGAGUAAAAUGUAACAAAUAACUAAACGGACAAAAUAUGGGCAGAAACCCUGUAGGGAGUUAAGCAAAUACUCCCCCGAAGCAGUAGCUGUAUAAUGCACGCAACACAGUUACAAUUGACUGGCUAGAUUGCUUGAUCAUAAUAUAUUGACACAAGUGUGGCAAAAUCUAUUGUAGUCCUCAAAUAGAGUGUAAUAAACACUAUGUUAGCAAAACAAAAAAAGAUGCUAAAUGAGGGUAUACAAAACUAGUGCAACGUGCUAUCUCAAAAAAAUAUAUAGAGUAAUUAUUAGCAAGAUAGCAUAAAUAUGCUCAUUGCCAAUAAGUAGGAACAGCUAACAAGGUUAAUGCCCCAAAGAAAAAAAACAGAUAAAAUACCAUGGCCUGAAAACGCCAAUAAAGACUGAGAUGCAUAUAAGUCUGCAGCAAUGUCUCAGUCUAUGGGUAUAUAAUAGAAAUUAGCUGACACAUCUAGGAUCAUAGCCUGGUAUAACGCACAAUCUCCGUAGAUUCCCUGAUCUGUGCCUUCAAGGGCACCGGUCUCUAAAUAAUAAAUAGAGUUAACUGGCUAGCUGCUCUGUGGUAUAACUAGUUAGACGGUCAGCACGGAGAUAUACUCAUUAUGAUAAAAAUAACAACUACACUAAUCAGUGCCUUCAUGGGCACCUAUACAUGACUAGUGAGUGUCCCAUGUACCUGCAAUCUUUUUGGAGUUUUUAUCUGGGGUUCAGUGUAGGGUAAAUUGUAAAAGUAGAAGACUGUGAUGUUUUUGUUGUGAAUAGGUCUUGGUGAUACUAGUAAGUGCUCUACAUUUGAGCUUUAUGCUCAUCACAACAGGAUAGACAUGUUCUGCACACUUAAUGGAUAACCCUAUAGUUUUUGUUUUUUGACAACCAUAAGAGCACUCAUGAAAAUAUUCAGAGUUCUCAUAGAUAUGAAAAAAUAAAAAAUAAAAAUCACGAGUAAAAGGAUCUUUGGACAAAAUAUUCUUUUAUGUGACUAUUGCUCAUUCUUUUCAAUUAAUGAAUUCAAUAUGCAUUAUAGAGUUGUGAGUUGCGCAUGAGUAGUCUUGCACACAUUUCCCAUAAUCCUCCUACUAUGCAGUGGUUUAUAGCAAAUAUACAGCUCACCCACAGAAACCCAGAGGACUAUAAUUGGCCGACAGACUUGUUUAUUUUGUGUGAAAAUAGUGUUGUAGGUAUUUGAUGCAUAAGGGGUAUACCAAGGUAAGUAUAUUUAAAACAAUUUCUUUAAUGCUAAACAGAAAUGCUUCUGAGACUAAUUUUGCAUAGCUACCGACCACCUUCAUAUUAUUUACCUUUUUGACUCAAUUUUAUAGUAUAACAUCUGAAACUUUCCAAACACAGCUUAGAUUUGUUGGUCAGGAUCGAAAUAAAUACAGCAAUAUGUGUUUAUGAGUAGGUUGUGAUUUGUUUAACAUUCUACUGGAUGAGGAAUGCACAAAAGGCUAAAGGAAUGGACUUUAGAACAGUAGCUGAUUUAUAAUACACAUUCUGAUUUAGGAACUGUGCUCAUAAAUCAGAGAACAUGGAGGGAGACGUUUUAAAAAGCUAGAAAGUACAACCAGCAUCCCUUGCCUGUUAUUAACAUUCUUGCCCUGUUUUUUUUUAUUAGGCCCCGAGCAAGUUGGAGGAGACUGUGGAGGAGAAAAAUCAAAAACAUGUACAGUUUUGUAGAAAACAACUCUGCAUUCCCAGCUGAAACGAGGAUGAAUUAUGCAACAAGAUAAUGUCCUCAAAUGACAACAUUGACAUAGGUUAAGAAGAUUUUAAAAUAUAGUGAUUAGUAAUGUUGUCUAAUUUAUAAAUAUAUAUAUUGGAUGUCUAUAAUAAAAUACUGACACAAUGAUAAGAGGCUAGUACAAUACUUUGCGUACACGAAACAUCGAAAUUAAAACAAUUUCUGAUGAGUUGACAAGAAAUGGGGGUCUUUACUUAGAACAAAUGGAUGUCGUCUAGAGAAAAAAAAAAAAAAGUGAUGUUAAUGUGCUCCGAUGGCAGUCAACCAUUAAAGGUUGUGAAACUAGGUAUGAAGUAGGGAAGAAGAUUAAAUGGAAGUCUUGGAGAUAUAGAACAUUGUUGGACAUGUUGGAAAAUACAUCUGAUCAAAAUCAUUCUUUAAUGAAUAGUGACACCCUAACGUAUAAGGCUAAGGUAUGUAGAAAGCUGUAUGCAUUUUCCAUGUUCUAUUUCAAAAUUAUUUGUUGUUUUCUGUAGUUUGAAUACUUUUUCUCCAUAUAUAGUACAAGCAAACUGAUAAUAGGGUACUCAUUACACAUAUGAAAACAGUUAAAAUGUUACUUUAUGGUACAGCUCAGUCUGAAAUCACACAGUUGUUUGACUCUACAUUAAAGGACCACUCUAGGCACCCAGACCACUUCAGCUUAAUGAAGUGUUCUGGGUGCCAGGUCCAGCUAGGGUUAACCCUUUUUUUUUUUUAUAAACAUAGCAGUUUCAGAGAAACUACUAUGUUUAUAAAGGGGUUAAUACAGCCCUCAAAUCCUCUAGUGGCUGUCUCAUUGACAGCCGC